GUCUUGAAUAGUUUUACCACUUCUCUAGAUUCAUGCAUAUAAUCAGAUCUUGCAAGCAAGUUUUCAAACACAGUUUGCAGAAGAAAGGAUUCAAUUUCGUUCUCUCAAAAAACUUAGGUUGCAAGGAAGACCAGGCAUAUAUUUGCACUGAAAAUUUGGUUCUCAGCGGCUUUGGAAAGUAACAAGAAAGUACGGUUUCGAUAGAAUGUCUGUACCACGAGGGCUGCUCUCGUGUUUUUUUGUGAGUAGCUCAUUGAAGUUGAUAUUUCAUGUUACACCUUGUCUAUGGUUCCAGUAAUGGAUGUAAACAAGGUAAUCUGCCUUCUUUUUGCUUUAUUACUUGAACAUUUAACCGAAGCAUCAUUACCAGCAUGCCAUGAUUCGUAUACAAGCAUGAAUGUAUUAUCGCCUUGUAAAAUUAGCUCUUCAACCGGCACCUACCAUUUCAAGGACCUCAUUGUUGAGAAGACUCUGAUACUCGAGUCAUCAUCCUCCGCCAGUAUUCAUAAAAUCAAUGUCACAGGGAAGCUCAAAAUCGGGCUUCUUGGGAGCAUUAUUGUACAGCCGAAUCAAGGACCAACAGGGCCCCAAGAUGGGGUGUCUAUAGGGGGUGUUGGUUCUGGUGGAAGCCAUGCUGGUCGUGGGGGCUGCCCAAAGGGACAGACAUUAUCUUGGGGCCAGGCGCAACCAAAAGGGAACCCAAAAGAACCCACAGAAGUUGGUGGGAAAGGUGGAGAUGGGUCUGUUAUUGGUUCUGGCGGUGUGGGUGGUGGCGCAGUUUUUGUAUCAAGUGAUGUUUGUGAAAUAAAUGGCUUAAUCCAGGCAAAUGGAAAGAAUGCACAAGAGUCAUCUAAUGGUGGUGGUGGUGCAGGCGGUACAGUCGCAAUUGUGUGUCAACAAAUGACUGGAAUGGCACAGAUUGAGGCCCGUGGCGGACAAGGCGACGGGAACGGUGGGGGUGGCAGUGGCGGAAUGAUAAGUGUACAGUACCAGUCGGGAAUGUUCACCGACCACAUUGGCAUCCAUGCACAUGGAGGGAAAACAGAAACUGAUAUCACGUUGCUCGGGGUGUCGUCGGGGAAGCACACUCUCAGGGAUGCAAGUACGAACAGUCUCGUCUCAACGGGAAGACUCAAUGGUAACCCUUUCCAACCCUCGUCGAAGGCAUCACUACAGGUGACGUUCGAACCCUCUUCGCGUUACUGGUAUGUCACUCAUAUACAAACGAAAGGGUACGCUGAUUUUUAUAGAAGUGGGUGGGUCACGCAGUUCAAGCUUCAGUAUGAAAACGAAUAUGGAAUAUGGCUGCCAUAUUUGGAAAAUGGAGAAGAUAAGAUUUUCACUGGAAACACCGAUUCUUCGUCUGUGGUUACAAAUAAGCUUGAAGCGGCUCUCCUUGCAAAGGCAAUCAGAAUCGAGCCUGUCACGUGGCAAAGCUCUAUUUUUCUACGGGUUGAAAUGAAAGGAUAUUCUUACAGUCCUGGCGUGGAAUCAGAUGACAGUUGCCACAAAGUAUUGCCAGAGAAUGUCCCUGAGAGUGGAUCUUCUGGAACUAUUUUUGUCAAUGGGAAAAGUGCCGAUGGAUCGAUAAUAAGGAAACUAGUUGUGGACAACCAUGGAGCAUUCCCAAGAGUCCGCCGAAACGAAAACAUAUCAGAUAUAAUAAAGUCAGGUAGCGUCACGUGGCUUCCCGUCUUACCUGAAUUAAACAACCUUACUGAGAUUAUCAUAAAAAAUGGGGCAAAUACCUUUAUAAGAGGGGAUGGCGUUGUUUCAGUUGACAAGAUUAAUGAUGACGGAAGCGGCUUUUUGUACAUCGGCGAGAAUGUCACAUUGCAACUAAGGACACAUUUAGAAUCGUGUACACAUGUUUAUCGUGGAGGAGCCCUUGCAAUUGAAAACAACGGAACUUCUGCCUUUGCCAUCAAACGCCAUUUUGAUAACUACGGCUCGCUCGCUGGAGCUGAGCGUGUUGAACUAUUUUACGGUGAAAACGUUGGAAACCUGACAAUGAGAGCGGAAUCAAGUCCUCGCCUUUUAAAGUUUCGCGGCUUGACGGUAAGAGAGAACUCAGGGUUGAUCUUGGAAUCUGUCGGAAAUGAAACAAGUUGGAAGCUCGAAGCAGAUUUGGACAAGGAUGUCAUCUGGGAAGCCCGGUCUUAUUUUCUUGCUCCAAUGUUGUCUUCGUUGCGAGCAAAAAGAUUAAGAUUUCUUGCAGAUACAAAAGUCGUAAUAAACCAAGGCUACGGCAGUAACACAUCUUUUUUUGCCGAUGAAAUCUUUUUUAAUGGUGAAACAAAACUCGGAACAGUGGUCAUUAAAUCAGCAUUGCAGUUAUUUUUUAUCGGUGCUGUGGGAAAAGUUGAUUUGGCGACUUCUCAUUUAUCGGUAAAAGACUUUCAAUGUAAUGGCACAUUACAAUUUAAAGGCGAUGUUCGUAUUGAAACCGGCACGUGGUCGGUUGGGCCUGUAGGUAAAGUUCUCUUUGUUAAUGCAAGCUUGCCAAUAGUUCUCCAAGCACAUACAUUAACGAUCAACGGUUAUUUCAACCCAGGGCACAUAUCCACUGGCACUGGCUGGCAAUUGUUGCAAAUAGGCCCCAGUGGAGUUUUUACUUUUGUUUCUAACAGUUCUGUAAUCAUCGAUAUCUUGAACAUUGCUGGAGUGUUGAGAAUCAAUGGGACAAUCAGUUUGCAAACAAGAGAUUUUGCUGGAAACUCUUUAAUUACCGUUCAAGAGGGUGGCUCUUUUGUUUUAGAUGAGUUUGUUCCAUGUAGUAAUCGUACCAAAUACAGUGGAACAUCUGAAAUCCUGGCCCUAAAUGUCACAGUCAAUGGGGUGUUUCAUGCUGGGAGAAUAUCUGAAGGCCCUGGAUGGGACCGUAUAACUGUGGGUCCUAAAGGGGACUUUGCCUUUAUUCCUGGAGGCCACAUUAACGUAGAUCGUGUUUUCAUUGAUGGAAAAUUCAGAACGGAUACAAUGGUAGUUUUGAAGGGCAAGACAGGUCUUUCCGAAGAAAUAGAAACGCUUCGGGUCAACGACGGUGGCUACCUUGAGUUGAACUGUGCCCCUGAGGCAACCUCUGCUCCAGUUUCAAAUACGUCGACAAAUUCAUCACAGUCUGCUGAAGAUCAUGCUUCGCAGCUUUUUGCAAAAGCGGUAGAUAUUGGUGGCUCUUUUAUUUCCAGAAAGCUUUACAUUGGCCGUGGAUGGGACAGCCUAUACAUUGGGUUGAAGGGAAACUUCAUUGUGCACUCUAUCGGUUGGUUUAGUUUUAAUAGAUUUAAUUUGCUUGGAAAAAUGACGUCUGAAGCUAGUCUGGAAGUUCAAGGAAAAGACACAGAGUACCUUCCACAACUGUAUAUCGGAGAAAAGGGAUACCUUAAAAGUCUUGUAAACACCACUGAUAUUUUUGUUGACGAAUUGAUUGUCAAAGGUAAGAUGGAGAUAUCUUUGCUUAGUAUAGGCAAGGGGAUGCAAAAUUUGACUGUAACAGGUGUAAUUGCUUUUAAUCAAACCAAGGAAUUCAAGGUAAAUACGACUACAAUUGAUGGAAGCAUGGAGACCUGGACACCAUUCACACCAACAGAGAAGUUCAUCGGCCAACAGCUCAAUAUUGCUGGAACGUUAAAAGUUAACUUUAAUGGAAAACCACAGCAAGACGACGGCUUAACUGCGUCAGUGUUUAUUCUAAAACAGAUGGUGGUGUCUGGUUCCGCCUACUUCGGUUCGUUACAUCUAACUGCGGAUGAUGUCACUAUCACCGGUUUGCUGUCCGUUGACUAUGGAGGAGCAAUGUCGAGCAAAGGAAAAGGGGCUGGCAACUAUUCGCCUUCUGGCUCUACUGGUGGUUGUCAUGCCGGGAGAGGUGGACGUGGAAAUGGCGCUUUAGUUAACCGCUCUCCUUAUGGAACGAUUUAUGCGCCUGGAGCUUGGGGCAGCGGAGGUGGGAGUCAACUGCCCGGUGGGGGUGGGCGUGGAGGAGGACAGAUACGCAUGGGACUGAGGAGCCAUUUGCGUCUAUCUGGAAAGAUUACGGCUAAUGGACAAAGCGCAGCGGUUACACAUUCUGGCGGAGGUGCAGGUGGAUCUGUGUGGAUUGACUGUAAUACAAUUAGCGCCACUGGUACAAUGGAGGCAAAUGGUGGUGCAGGGAACUUAUAUGGCGGUGGUGGUGCCGGAGGCUUUAUAAUUGUCAAUUACCAAAGUGGUCAAUUUCAAAGUGAUCAUGCUUUUGCUAAAGGGGGUGCCCCUGGAGGCGGAGGAGCAUCAGAGGCUGGUGGCCCUGGUAUUGUCUUUUUAAAUGGCUCAGUGCCUGUCAAUCGCAAUCUGCGAAUCGACAAUAAAGGACAAAGUGCAAAGGUUUCAUUAGUCGGAGAUUACAGUGUCUUCAACCAGACAGGUGGAGUUGCAGUCCUUUUAUCCCCCAACGACUUCACUCAUCAAUUCACGCUACUUGAAAUAUACGGAGGAGCACACUUAGUUUUUCCACCGAGCGGUACAACCAUAGAGGCAGUUUCCAUUUACGGAGAUUCCACUGGGUACAUACACAUUCCACCUGGGAAUAAGCUGAACAUGACGAUUGUUUCUCCGUACAAAAGAGUCAACAUGACAUGGUCACCAUAUGUCUACCCGAAUGCAACCUUAAUUUUACCUCCUGCCACAGUAGAGUUCAGACGCACUGCAAGCAAGACCUACCCUGCACUUACAAUUUCACCCAUUUACAAGAUAUGGGGAUACCUGGAUGGGAAAAAUUCUCAUUUAUUGGUUGGCCACGGAGGUACAAUUAGUAUGGCACUCAGCAGCAGACGUCUGUUAGAGUUUGUUGGAUUAACAAUACAAAAAACCGGUAUGCUGAUUUUGCUGUCCGAAGCAAACAACGAACAGGACAAAUGGCUUUUAGAAGUUUCAAAAGGGUUUGGUGAAGGAAUGCGCGAUGGCAUUUUCACAGUUGAGGGUGGUGGCAAGCUUGAAGCACAAAAUUUAGACUUAUUUGCAUAUAAAUGUGAAAUUGAUGCAGAUGGCUGGAUGAAUUUGGAUAGAAAGGGGUUUUCGGCAGGACCUGGUGUAGGUAAAUCGGGUAGUGGUGCAAGCUAUGGUGGUCUUGGCGGUCAGACUGGUUCACAUUCACUGGUUUAUGGCGAUGUUAUCAACCCGAUUAACUUUGGAAGUGGAGCAGGUUCACCUGGUGGUGGCAGAUUGUACUUAAAAGUUACCAAGACCCUGAGAGUUGAGGGACACAUAACAGUUAAUGGCGGGGCUUCGUCGUUAUCUAAUGGUGGUGGUGGCAGCGGAGGAACAAUAAAUAUCGAUACCAACGAAUUAGAAGGCUCUGGUAUUGUUUCUGCAAAUGGUGGAGCAGGUCAUGGGUCUGGAGGAGGUGGAUCAGGUGGCCGCAUUGCUGUUCGUUGGAAGUUACAAAGUUUUUCAUUCUUGAGCUUGCAGGCAUUUGGCGGUGUAGGCAGAUACAAUGGUGCAGCGGGCACAAUCUUCUUCCAGGAUACAAGAUUAAAUGCGAAGAACCGUACACUGGUCAUAAACAACAACAACCUUGAGCCGCCAACUAGAGAAGUCAAUGUUUUUGACAUAAGCCAAAAUGGCAGCCGCACUUGGCUUCCCUUUAAAGCUGGAGGAUAUGAAUUUGAUGAGAUUCAUAUUUUUCGAAAAGCACAUCUUUUGCUGUCACAAAGUAUCACAAAGCCACAUGGACUAAAGGCAUCCCGGUUUGUUGGAGAUAACACAGGCUUCAUUCAUGUUGGAGCGAACCAAAUAGCAACAGCGCAGUUAGCGGAUCACGACCAACUUGCUGUCAACAUCUUUGUGCAUAAAGACGGUCACAUGGUCUUUCCAUCAAAAUUUACAUGUUAUGACAUCUCAGUUACAGUCAGGGGGAUAAUUUGGGUACACGAUGUGACAGUGUCAAAAGGUUGUCAACUGCUUUUGAGUAAUACGGGUAAGACCGUCUCUUCAACUCGGACCGGUAUGUUCACAAUGAAAUCCUUGCAUAUAGCAGACGGCGGUAUAGUGACGUCACUGCCUGAAGUCGGUUCGCUGACGAUGGAGUUUGACGUAGGAGACCUGCAUAUAUUCGGAGGCGGUGGUUUGCACUCUGUAUCGGUAGCGAUAUCUGCUGGCAACCUCACCGUCGACGAUCUUGGUGUUUUGCGCGGGGAUCUAAUCGAUGACAAGAGCUGCGCGAGAGGUGCUGGCAUAAUCGGUGCUUUUAGCAAAGGUUCUUCAGGCGCGGGUCAUGGUGGCAACGGAGGAACGGGCAGUGAUCAAUCGAGAGUAGGUGCUGCAUAUGGUGACCUCUACGAGCCAGCAAACUUCGGUUGUAAAGGAGGUGGAAGUGGGGGUUUCGGAGGGGGCAAGAUGAAGCUUCACGUUAAUGAAACAUUAAAAGUCGAUGGCACAAUUAUUUGUAAUGCGCAAACUGCCACUGGCCCUUAUGGUGGAGGCGGCAGUGGUGGAAGUAUUUGGAUCGUUGCCAAUCGAAUUCAAGGAUAUGGACAGGUUCAGGUAAAUGGUGGCAGCGGUCACUCAACUGGCUCUUCUGGUGUCCACAACGGAGGAGGUGGCAGUGGCGGUCGUCUAGCUGUGUACUUCAAUGUCAAUAAAACGUUUAGUGGCAGCUUCGAAGCCUACGGUGGCAAGGGAGGAGGGCCAGGGGCAUCGGUGGGAGGAGCCGGCUCAAUCUUUUUGUACCACAAAGGCCAUAAGCACCGCACGCUGCAGAUAAGUAACAAAGGAGGUGGAGCUGUGACAGAGCAGAAUCAAAUUAUCAACGACUGGACAAAUUAUCAGUCAGACGCAAGUAAAACAUGGAUAAUAACAAAUUCUAAACACGUUUUUGCUGCUGAUUUGAAUUACCAUUUUGAAGAACUGCAAUUACGCAAUGAUGCACAUUUAGCUUUUCGGAGCGAGUCCACGACCGAUAAGGUCUCACUCUACUUUCGACAUAUGAUCGGGGAUCGUACUGCCACUAUUCAUGUUGGAGCAAACCAGAGUAUGGACUUAGACAGGGACGAAGUUGACCUGCCAUUCAACGCUAGGAUCUAUAAACAUGGGCACAUGGGACUGGCCAGUAUGACGUUUGUUCACGGAAUCAAGAUUUAUAAUCAUGGAACAAUCACGAGAAUCGUUAACCUUACCUUACAUCAUGGCGGAGAAGCCCAUUUUCACGCAGGCAGUCGUCUUGGUAACAUAUCAGCGAACGACGAUUACGUAUUUCACACAGUAAGGAUACAAGCUGGUGGCGUAGUGCGAUUUUUCAGUCCCCCUGCCUCUCACCAAGGGAUGAACCUGACUACAAAGUUGACUUACAUAGAAGGAGGAGGUAAACUUAUUGUCAAUGACAUCAGAGUCCUUUCUCAAACCAUCGUUAUUGAUUCUGGAGGUCAUUUUUCUGCUGAUGGUCAGGGAUACAAGAUUACAGAUGGCACUGGCGUCGGAUUGAACGGACAAAUCAACAGAGGCCGGGGGAGAAGAAUGGCCGCUGGGUCUUCUGGGGCUGGUCACGGGGGCAGUGGUGGCCGCGGUGAGAACGAGUCUUUCUGUGGCUCACCGUAUGGAAACCUGUAUGAGCCAAAUGAAUUUGGAAGCAGCGGUGGAGGGACGGCAAAUAAUGCAGGUUCUGGUGGUGGCCGGAUAUUCCUUAAUGUAACUGAAUUUCUUGACGUCGAUGGCAUGCUGUCUUCUCGAGGUGGCGAUGGGCUUUCCAAUGGUGGUGGAGGUAGUGGUGGUAGCAUUUGGAUCUAUUGUCACACUCUUCGAGGUUAUGGUGAAAUAUCAACAAAUGGAGGCAAUGGUGUUGGAAACUCUGGUGGAGGUGCUGCCGGACGAAUUGCUGUUUACCUCUGGAACAAUAUAACUUUCACAAAUUUUUCCUAUACUGCCGAAGGUGGCAAUAGAAGUCUGAAAUCGGAGGCUGGGGGCCCUGGAACAGCAUUCAUUUUUCAUCAAGAACAUAAUCAUCGUACUCUCCUUGUCAACAAUGGAGGCCGUAAACCUCUAAUGUCCUACGUGGAUUAUGCUGAUAUCUACAAAGAUGGAUGCAAGGCUUGGAUAAUGCCAGAUUCAGGCAUCCAUAGAUUUGCAGACAGUGCACAUAGAUUUCACUUUGAAGAACUGCAAGUUUACAGAUCUGCACACCUUGCCAUUUGGCCUACAGUAGGAGAGAGAAACGUCUCCAUUUUUUUCAAGUACAUGAUUGGCGAUCGAACCGGGCGGGUACACGUUGCUGCAAAUCAAACUCUAGAUUUAGAAAGACCCGAAAUAGACCUGCCAUUCAACUUACAUAUUUAUAAAGGUGGUUUUGUUGGUCUCGCUCCAGUAACAGAAGUGCACGGAAUCGAGGUUAUAAUCAGUGGUAUUUUGGCCUAUGUUAAGAAUCUGACAAUGCAUCACAGUGCACAGCUGUGGUUGCUACACGGAGGUAGAACCUGGAGACAUAUGCCUCAUCAGUAUCAGUUUGACUAUGUUAGAGUGCAGGAUACGGCGAUUAUUCACGCAAUUUCUUCCCCCGUCGCUGAUCCUGGCAUAACUUUUCUCACUAGGAGUGUGUCUAUUGAAGGAGGUGGGCUUGUUAGAGCAACAAAGCUCACAUUUGUCACUGAAAACAUAACGAUAGAUGCCGGUGGAGCAUUGAUAGCUGACUUUCUUGGUUACAAUACUUCUCAUGGGUUUUUUGAUAGUGGAAUGCACGGAAUUGUCAACCAAGGUCACGGAUUCUAUUCACGAAAUGGAGCUUCCGGUGCGGGACAUGGUGGUAGAGGUGGCCGUGGGCACGUGACAAGUGGAGCAUCUUUCACUGGUGCUGCAUAUGGAGAUCUUUAUGAGCCAAACGAAUUUGGUAGUGUUGGAGGAUCUAGUUCCACUUUGGGUCGUGGUGGUAAUGGGGGUGGAAUUUUAUGGUUUAAUGUAACAAAUGUCUUGGAAAUCGAUGGAAAGGUAUCAGCCAAUGGUGAAACAGGACCGGAUAAUGGAUCAGGUGGGGGAAGUGGUGGAAGCGUUUGGAUAUACUGUAAGGUGCUAUCAGGAAGAGGAAUAAUUCAAGCAAAAGGUGGUAACGGAUCAUUUCAUUCAUCCAUUCCGGGUGGAGGGGGAUCUGGUGGACGCAUAGCAGUAUACUUCAGUGUCAAUAGGACUGGCUACAGUUUUACAUAUCGUGCCCAGGGUGGUGCUGCAGUUGGCUGUAUGAAGGGCCGGGAAGAUUUAUGUCAGGCUGAAGCGGGCGGUCCUGGGACGGUAUUUCUAUAUCACAUGGUUGAAAACCAUCGCACACUGUUCUUGCACAACAACUAUCAAAAACCAUUGGUGUCUGCCAUUAAAACGUACGACGACACAAAUGACGACGGCUGCAAAGCAUGGGUUAUUUACAAAUCUGGAAGACAUGCGUUUGCUAAUGGGAAAGACGAUUUCCACUUUGAAGAGCUCCAGAUAUAUGCAGGGGCACAUUUAGCUGUCCUUUCUUCAUCAACAGAAAGGAAAGCAAGUUUGUUUUUCAAGAACAUGAUUGGAGAUCGCACUGGUACAAUUCACGUUGGUCCCAGACAGGUGAUGGAUCUGAAGAGAAGAGAGAUCGAUUUACCUUUCAGCGUGCAUAACUACGAACGAGGGUAUCUUGGCCUUGCACCUAAUACUGAGGUUCAUGGGAUAACAAUAUACAACUCUGGGACACUUGACCAUAUUCAAAACUUGACUCUGCAUCACAAAGGAGAAUUAUGGAUGAACCAUGGAGGGAGAACUGGUAACAAUACUGCCAGCUCUAACUUCGACGCUGUUAGAAUUGAAGAUAUGGGAGCUGUUAAAGGUCUUACGAAGCCUCUUUUCGACUUAGGAAUUAAGAUGAAAACCAGAUCACUGGUUAUUGAAGGAGGUGGCAUAGCCCAGUUUACUAGGCUUACUUUCAAAUCUGAAAAUCUUACCGUUGACGAUGGUGGUAUCUUGACAUGUAAAGGUUUUGGCUAUAAUUUCACCCACGGUGGUGCACUUGGUAUACUCGGUAAAGCAAAUAUUGGAAUUGGUAGCACAUCCCCAAUGGGCUCUUCUGGAGGAGGUUUUGGAGGGAGUGCGGGGCAUGGUCAAGGAACAUCCUACACUGGCCAACCAUAUGGUGAUCUAUACGAGCCAAAUUUAUAUGGGAGCUGUGGAGGUGGAUCUGAGGUUUCUGGAAGUGGUGGAGGGAUAUUAUGGAUGAAUGUUACGGAUACGCUUUUUAUCGACGGUACUGUCUCUGUAGACGGGAAUUCUGCCGCAAGUGCAUCUGGAGGUGGAGGAAGUGGUGGAAGUCAGUGGGUUUACGCUAACAGAAUUAAAGGAACUGGUCGAUUUACAGCUAUUGGAGGAGAUGGUGUAGCUUUAGGUGGUGGGGGUGCUGGGGGGAGAAUAGCAAUUUAUUUCAAUGUAAAUAAUACAUUUACUGGCUCAUUUUGCAACUGGGGUGGACGUGGAAUCCCAGAACCAGGCGGAGCAGGAACGACAUUCUUGUACCAUCAACUGCAUCAACAUAGAACCUUGCACAUUGACAACAACAACCAGAAGCCAGUAGGAAGGCGAAUAAAUGACUAUGGUAAUGUGAAAGUUGAUGGCUGUCGGGCCUGGAUUUUGCCUGUAUCUGGCAACCACAGUUUAGCAUCGGGAACCCAUAGCUACCAUUUUGAGGAGCUCCAGAUAUUUCGUACUGCACACGUGGCCAUAUUACCGCAUGUGGCUAAAAAUGCAUCAAUAUUCUUCAAGCAUAUGAUAGGGGACAGAUCGGGUUUUGUGCACAUAGGGCCUUAUCAAAGGAUGGACCUGGAACGGCAUGUGGUUGAUACUCCAUUUAGCUCAUAUGUAUAUGACCAUGGCUUCUUAGGCCUAGCGACGCACACCUCAUUACAUGGAGUACAAAUAUACCUGGAAGGUUACUUAGAGCACGUUGUUCAUCUGACAUUGAUGCUAGGUGGGCAGCUGCAUAUAUACCCCACAGGAUCAACUUAUGGGCAUUCUCGUUCGAACUGUCAUUUCAAUGGAACUGUGCGUGUAAAGGCAGGUUCUAAGAUUGAAACGCAUAACAGUCAGGCCCAUAACAUGCCUUUUUCUUUGCGUGCGAAUGCUCUUCAAGUUGACGGAGGAGGUGAAAUCAGGUCGUAUCACCUUAAACUUUCUGCUGUUAACAUGACCAUUGACGAUGGUGGACUGAUCAAUGCAAAUCAAGGUGGCUUCACUGCGGGACAAGGUCAUGGUUUCCCAAAUAGCCGCGGCAGACUUAAGCACAAUGGUGCUGGCCAUGGUGGUACUGGAGGGCGUGGUUCGUGUCAGGGGCUCCGCAGCUGUGUCAGCAGAAAAGGCCUGGCCUAUGGCAGUAUGUAUCACCCGAACACAUUUGGAAGUGGUGGGGAUGGCACUGCCCUAGUAGGUGGCACAGGAGGAGGAAUUAUUAACAUCGUAGCACACUUACUGCAGGUUGACGGUGAAAUUCUUGCCAACGGUGGAAACGUCACACAAAGCAACGGAGGUGGCGGUUCUGGUGGCAGUAUUUCAAUAUAUGCCUCUGUCUUCACUGGUGGCCAUACUGGUGCCAUUCAAACGAUGGGUGGAUAUGUAUCCACGUCGGUUAAUGGUGGCGGCGGGGCUGGAGGCCGCAUCGCUGCAUACUACAAUAACACAGUAGGAGAUACUUUGUACGGUGGAACCUUUGAUUCUAACGGAGGUGCUGCUGGUGCCCUGGCCGAAAGUGGUGCGUCUGGAACUGUCUAUCUAAAACACACCGGCAUGAACGUUACCAAGCUUAUUGUCGAUAAUAAAGCUGGCUGGGCAAUGGACACAGAAUUGGAUGCCACAGGGCAGAAAAUUGAUCUAUACAAUGGUAAUACAGGAAUAAGCUCUUCCUUUUUAGUUAACGGAAUGAGAAUAACGUCAUCGUGCACAACCUACAACGUGCACUGGACUAACUACCCACUCAGUGCGAUGUUUGACCAAAGCUAUAAGUACUCGUAUCAAAGAAUUGGCGUCUACACACAGUCUCAUGUUUACACUGGAAAUUGUCACAGUGGUCAUAUUGUUUUGUCUUUGCCAAGGACCAUUCUCAUAAACAAAGUCAGAAUAUUCCCAGUUUUUGGAACAAAUUUCAAGCUCUCGGUUUUCAAUACCACUUGGAUUGACGUGACGUCAGAUUAUGUUCAGACAGCAUAUACCUUCGCCGGAGGAGCUUUUGUUGAUAUCAGAGUUGCCCUGUACAUAAAAGAGAUCCGUAUCAGUCUAAACGCAGGAUCGAGAUUGAUUUCAUUGAAUGAAAUCGAGGUCUUUGAAGGCGAUGUCAGCUACAAAAAUAGAUACAACCACAGGGAAUACAAGGGAGCGACCACGUGGAUAGAAGCUGAGGAGAAUUCGAUUCAUCACUUUUCAGAGCUUCAUCUAAAAGGUGCUGCAAGGCUAGCAUUCAUGAGUGGUAAAAAAAAUGCUGAAAUAAAAGCAGACAAAAUUGUUGGUGAGCUAAACAGUUACUUGUAUGUUGGUGUUGGUCAGAAUAUGCACGUGGUUCAAACAGAAGCAGACCUUUCUUUCAACAUACGAGCUUACGAAGAUGCUUCACUGAUGAUGCCUUUCAAGCUGUACAUCCACGGAGUUAGUUUGCACAUGGCAAACAACAGCAAGCUUCUUGGGUUGGAAGAUAUGUUUGUUUUUAAUGACGGAAAAGUUCGAUUUGAGACGACUUCAGCCGUUGGUAACGGAAGUAGUCCCGGAGAAAUGUCUUUGAACUCGCUUCAUGUUCAAAACAAAGGCUACUUUCAAAUUUGGACCCUGGAAAACGAGAAUGAUGUUUGGCUGAAACUUAGCAAUCUAUCGAUCUACGGUGGGGGUCAUUUUCAGUGCAGUAAUCGUCUCCAGUUGAAUGUUACCCAUCUGUUUGGUGUCUAUUCUGGCGGGAGACUAAGUCUCGAUGGUGGAGGCUACAGAACAAGGACGCCACCUCCGUCUAUAACUUUACACUCAACAGAAGGGCCUGGAAGAGGCAAAGGAAACACGGCCGGCGGAGGAGGAGGAGGUCAUGCUGGAACGGGGGGUCGUGGAGAUGGGGUGCAGCUGGCUGGUCAGCCAUAUGGAUCUCUGUUUAGGCCCAUCGACUACGGCAGUGCUGGCGGCUAUGGAAACCACUAUGGUCAGCUCUUUUUUGGAAAUUACCACGUCACUGCCACAGAGCCUGAGCAAAAUUUUCUUUCUCACGGUGCCCUCGGAGGACAAGGAGGUGGUGCUCUUCUACUGAAGACGAGGCACGCAGUUGUUGAUGGUAUUGUUUCUGUAAACGGGCGACAUGCGGCGUUGUCAAGCUCAUCUGGAGGCGGGGCCGGAGGAAGCAUUAACGUUUUCUGUGAAGACCUUUCUGGCUUUGGCAGCUUUUUGGCCACAGGCGGUAAAGGUUACAACGGCGGAGGUGGUGGCGGAGGUGGGCGUAUAGCCAUAAAAUAUAUGAAGAUGAGCAAGUUUGCAGGAAGCUUCAAUGCACAGGGGGGUGAUUCGACUGCAGAAGUAGGUGGUGCUGGAACUGUUUAUUUGGAACAGAGGAAUGGAACAAAUACGGUAAACACAACACUUAUUGUUGACAAUAAAGGACUCAAGUAUCCAAAAGCUGUAAGGAAAAGCGAGGGAGAUUUGCAUGAUUUGCUACACGGAAUAUAUAAUGACAUCUCAGGUGUUGGUGGGGUAACAUGGCUUAUCGAAAACCAGAACCACUCUUUCACACAUGUUGAUUUCAGAGGGAAUGCACACGUCGCUGUUCUGUGGAAAAGUCAGCACAAAAGAAUUGAAUUUAGGGCUCAUACACUGACAGGUGACAACACUGCCGUUCUCCAUCUGGGCAGCAAUCAGCUUUUUGGUUUCCUGUUUGUCAAUAUUUACUUUCCCGUAAACACAAUGGUCUACGUAGCAAGUCAUCUGGAUAUACCGAGAAAGCUUUACCUUAGAGACGUUUGGAUGGAGGUGAACGGGACAGUUUCAGACUCGGUUGAGUAUAUUAUCGACCAGAGGAGUUCAUUGUCUCUCUGGUCAACUGGUAACACUGUAAAUUGCCAGAAGGGUUAUUACAAUUUCGUGAACCUGACGGUUCGCUCUCAAGGUUUGCUGUAUACCACUGCAGUUAACAGCACAGAGAAUGUUACUGUUAAUGCCACUCGUAUGGUUGUUAAUGCAGGAGGAGUUGUCAGCGGAAAUAACCUAGAGAUAAAGAGUACAAACUUGACUUUGGACAUGGCAGGUACGAUAACUGCGACAAACCGAGGGUUUGCUCAGAGUCAAGGACCAUCCUACGAAAAUAUUAGGCACCUGGUUAAGAAUUGUGGAGGAGGACAUGGCGGUAGAGGAGGCAUGGGGCCAAAUGAAUUAGGGACCUCAUUUUCGUAUGGUUCUGCAUUAGAUCCGAGUACCUGGGGCAGUGGUGGCCGAGGAAAUGGUGGCCGAGGAGCUGGGUUUCUUUCAUUCAGAAUUGCCAACAAGUUUCGUAUAGAAGGAGUGGUUGCUGCUGAUGGCGAGGCCAAAGACAGCGGUGGUGCUGGAGGCAGUAUUUUGAUGAAUGUUUUUCACAUAGAUGGAGAUGGAUCUAUUCAGGCAAAUGGUGGUGCAGGGUCGCUUGGUGGUGGUGGUUCAGGAGGUAGAAUCGCAGUCUAUUUCAGCAAUCGAAGUACGUACAUAGGGUCGAUUCAAGCGUUAGGAGGAGCUGGCAGCAGCGACCUUGGCGCUGCUGGAACCAUCUACAUUCAUGACUUAUCUCUACCGUCGCAGCCACACAGGGUCCUUAAAGUGGUUAACAGGAACCCUCGACGUAUUCUAAGGCCUCAGGUAGCUCAUGUGCUUCAAAUGUCCGUCACUGGUAGCCCGGCAUGCUCUGCGACGUCAGUAACGUAUUCUAAUGAUGUGCGUGUUUCAACCACUGCAACCCCUUACUGCACCAGAUCGUACAGUUACCCUUUGCAGAAUAUCUUUACAAAAGGGCCUUACUACUUGACUUUAAGUAGCACUGCUGACAUCACCUUAUUCUUCCCGUUCUCCUUGUUCGUCCAUCGUGUUAUUCUCUAUCCUGCUUUGAAUUGGAAAUAUGAAACAUUAUUUAAACUGUCUGCAUUCCUCGCAACCUCACAAGUGACUACCAGCCAUGACUGGAUUGCAACAUUUGGCGCCCAAAGUAAUCAAGGAGAGACUGUCGCUGUUGGGAAAAUCAUAGAUAAGGUUGUUCUAAAACUCAAAAGAGGGACAUUGGCAACAUAUACAGGCCUGGACUACAUUGAGGUUUUCACAAUGGAAGAUGAGAAUGCCACGGCACAGACAUUGUUCGGAGCAGGACAGGCUCGAGCCUCAACUUGGUUGGUAGAUGAGAAGCAAAGCACAAUUGAGCUGGAAGAGCUUAACAUCGGUGGAUCUGCCUCUCUAAGUGCGAGCAGCAAGAUUUCAUUAAAAACGUUGAAGGCCAGUGGUGACCACAGCGGACAAAUAAUUGUGCGUCCGUUGCAGAAAGUAACAUUUGAAGCCUCAGAUGGGUAUAUCCCAUACUCGGUUCAUGGCCGUAAAAGGUCAAUUGUUUCAUUGCCCUCGAUAACAAAGUGUCGCAGUGUUGGAAUCAAACUUUCUGGAGUCUUAGGCGCUCUCAAUAACCUUACCGUUGGAUCCGGCUGUAAAUUUUCGUUGGAGAAUACAGUUGGGAGAUCAUUUGAUUUUGAUAAUGUCCUUGUUCAGCGUCUUGGUCAGUUGGAAGUGACGCACAGAGAUAGUGUCGAAAUUAAAGUUUAUGGUAGCACAUUUGCAGUACACGGUGGUGGAAAGAUUGAAACAACGAAUCUUCAGCUAUAUUAUAAAAACAUAACUUUAGAGCCAUUCAGUGUUUUAUCGUCGGACAAAGCUUCAGGUGCAAAAGAUGGAACGCCUUUGGGUUACAGCAAGCCAGGGCGCUUCGGUGCAUCGGGAGGUGGUCAUGGAGGCAACAGUGGACAAGGCCAGUCUCAAGUUUAUGUUGGUGUUGCUUACGGGAAUUUCAGAUGGCCUAGUCACCAAGGUUCAUGUGGCGGCAAAUCGGUGUUCCCUUUGAGCGCAGAAGCGUUUGGUGGCGGCCGAAUCGGUCUUCAUGCGUCACAUACAUUGAUUGUGGAUGGCGAGAUUUCAGCUAAAGGAUCCGAUGGGUUGUCGGCUGGUGGUGGCGGUGGAAGUGGAGGAAGCCUUCUGUUAAACGCGACAUACUUUCAUGGAGAUGGUGUUAUCGACGUUUCUGGUGGCAACGGCCAUUCGACCUCAUUGGCUCACUGGAACAGCGCAGGAGCAAUACAAAAGUUCCAUGGAGGAGGUGGCGCGGCUGGUCGUGUCAGCAUUCAUUAUGGCCUGAAUGAUUUCACCGGACGAUACUUGUCAGCAGGUGGUAGCAGCCUGUUUGAAAAUGGUGGGGCUGGAACAGUGUAUCUUGAAAAGUUUCCCAUUAACUCUAGUCUACCAUUUACACCGAAUCGAACUCUUUAUGCAAAUAACAACAAUAAGUAUCCUAGAGACAGAUUCUUUGAUAUACGUGAGACAUAUAUGAAUAUGAGCAAUGCGCCUGCUGUUGCCUGGGUGACACUGACCAACAGUUUCAAAGACGCCAAUUUAGAAAUUGAUGAGCUGCAAGUUUACGGAGGAGCGCGUUUAGCGAUGGUUAAUCCAAAGCAGCCUUUAAGCCAAGUGAAUAUAACGUUUGGCAAUCUAAAAGGAGAUCGCUCUGGGCAACUGUUUAUUGGGAAAAAUCAAAGUUUGCUGUCAAAGGAAUCACCUUUACUUAUGGGGCUAGCUGUUUACCCAGGGGGGAAAGUCAGUCUGCAGGGAAAUUUAACUGUUGCUGGGGUGAGAAUGGUACUUGAUGGUGUUUUGGAGAAUUGUGAAAAUAUUGUGGUUGAAAAAAACGGUCUUGUUGAAAUGAAAGAUAUGAUAGAUCGAAAUGAAAACCCAACCAGGAUAUUCAAAUUCGAGAAGAUAGAAGUGCGAAACAACGGAUCUCUGGUCGUUUCAAAUGAGAAAGUUCCUCGCUCUUUUGUUGGCAAAACAGUACGAGUACUUGGUGGAGGGAGAAUUACUGCAACCCAUCUUGAGAUGUUUGUCGAUACUUUGAUAUUGGAUUCUUCUGGAACCAUAGAAGCAUCGAUGCAUCAACACCCUUUUCUUGGUAAAGGAAUGGGACCUGGCCAAGAUUGCCCCUUAUCAGGGGGUCGAGCAUGUAGCGCGACAGGUGGAGGCCACGGUGGGGGUGGAGGGAGAUCUGAGAAUCAACAAUGGACUGCCAAAGCGUAUGGAUCUUUCAAGAAACCAAGAGAAUUCGGAAGCCAAGGUGGUGCAGGGAUUAAUGGGAAGUCUGGAGGAGCAGGUGGAGGCAUCCUAUAUUUAAAGAUUAACAACACGUUGACUAUCAAUGGUGACUUGAAAUCUAAUGGCAUGUCUUCUUCGAGUGUGGGAUCUGGUGGUGGCAGUGGAGGCAGUAUUCUAAUCGAAACGAAUGCUUUCGGUGGAACAGGCACAGUUCAGGUCAAUGGUGGUGAUGGAUACAAAGGGAAUCAUGGUGGUGGAGGCGGGGCUGGUGGAAGAGUUGCUAUUUAUUAUUCAAAGGAUGAAUUCUCAGGCUCAGUUCUGUCUCGUGGUGGAUUUGGUAUACGUGAGUAUGGGGCUGCUGGAACAGCCUAUUUCGAAGGAAUAUCUGAAAACAAAACCUCGUAUGGAAUCUUGAAGAUUGACAACAACAACAGAAAACCAUCUACAAGGCGAAUAAACGAGGUCGAGAAGUUGGAUGUUGCCAUUUUUGAAGGAGGACAAUCAAGCAGUCAGUCUCUUUCCACUCGCUCUGGCGUCUCAGUUUCGGCAAAUCAACCGACCGCUUACAUUUCUUAUUGGGAAUGGGAGAUUUGGUUAGUUAAAAAGAAGUACCACUAUAUUUACUUUCCAUUGGCAAAUCUGUUUGAUGGAAAACUGGACACAAGCUACGCAUCUUCUGCGAGACUCGUUGACCUGACUGUGCAGUUUCCCAAACCACUUUAUGUGAAUCAUCUGGAAAUUUACCCGAAUUGUCGUCAUGGCAACCAGAGCAGUGUUUUCGUGAGUAGUCAAGGCUCGGAGGGUAUUGUGAACAAAACCAAUGGAUACCUUCCCAUCGGAGAUUGUUUUCCAUCAGUUUAUAAUUUUCACAAAGUUCGAGUUGAAGACACGGUUAGCCGACUUCACUUAUCAAUAAAGACUGAAAGCGUUUGGUCUUCUCUCAACGAGAUUGUAAUAAAAAUUGGAAGAAAAAGUCCUUCGUAUGACGCCCAUGAUCUUACGCAAGACAGUGCACGAACAUGGCUAGUUCUUGAUGACGACCAAAUAAAAGUUAAUGAAAUUCAGUUGAGAGGCAACGCAGAUCUUGCAUUUACAAGUAAUACCUCAUCACUGAAGACCGUAACUUUUGGAAAGCUUGUCGGUGAUUAUACAGGCACUCUUCACGCAGCAAAAAGGCAGCGAAUGGUUCUGCAAUCAUUUCCUAACUCGAUCGUUGCAGCCUCUAUUUUUGCAUAUCAGGGAGCAACCGUAUCUCUUCCGAAGCGCUCAAGGCUUCAACAGGCUGAUUACAUUCUUGAAGGAUCUUUAGUCAACGUGGCUGAUCUACAGAUUUUGCAUAAUGCUCAGCUGCUAAUUUACGACACUGCGCAUAUCAAUUCAAACGAGGCUAAGUUACUAUGGCUUAAUUCAUUGGAAAUACACAAUGGCGGCACGCUAUCUCAAGUACUUUCAUUAUCACUUGUAACCCUAAACUUCACAAUUCAAAAUGAUCUUCACAUCUAUUCUGGCGGUAUUCUUAAUAUAAGCUCUGUGUCAAUCAGUGCCAAGGAUUUAUCCGUAGAUGUGGCUGGUCUGAUAACAGCGGCAGGACGGGGGCAUGCCAGCGGUGCAGGCCCUGGAAAAGGAGUCGGGUCAUUGUCCGGAGGCCCGUCUGGUGGAGGACAUGGAGGCUCUGGAGGGGCUGGCAAGGACCACCAGACAGCAGGGAAAGCCUAUGGCUCUUUCAUGGUUCCUGGUCAGUAUGGAAGUGGAGGUGGCUAUGGACUGAAACGACAGGUGGGUGGUUUUGGCGGGGGUGUGGUUACUCUGGACGUCUCUGAGUCUCUGACACUCGAUGGAUCAAUCGAUGUGAGUGGUGGCAGUGGAACUAACGCUGGAAGUGCAGGAGGAAGUGCGGGAAGUAUCAAUUUGAGGAGCAAAUCUUUUCAGGGAAAGGGAAAACUCACAGCUGACGGUGGCGCUUCAUCUGUGACUGGUAGCGCAGGCGGAGGAGCCGGUGGAAGAAUAGCAAUUCAUACAAAAACGUUCCUUUUCACGGGUGCCUACACUGCGUAUGGUGGAUCAGGGCAGUCAGAAUCAGGGGGAGCUGGCACAGUGUACAUCAAAUUCGGAAAUGAUUCGAAAUUGCAACGACAGUUGAUAAUUGACAACAAAAACCAGCAACCUUCAACGGUGUAUUUGACGAGCUCCAGCGACACAGGAAAUGAUACAGGCAAAACAUGGCUCAUUGUUCAAAAUGCCGAUAGUAUUUUGCUUGAGAGAAUUUCUUUAAAAGGGCGAGCCCAUCUUGCAUUUUCAAUAGCUGAGGCCGCGAGUUUAAAUAUCUUUACCAGCCUGCUUGAUGGCGAUUUCACGGGCCAGAUCCACGUGUCCUCCGGUGUGAAUCUCACUGUUCACAAAUCAAGCCAGUUGUUUCCAGCAUCAUUUAGGGUUUACAAAAAUGGCAACAUCGGGCUGCCUGAAUCGAUAACUCUGGAUUCACUUGCAAAUGAAGAUGUCAGCAUUGAAGGAACGAUAACUGGGAUAAAGGAUUUGGUUGUCAGUCCGGGUGUACGCGUCCUGCUUGGUGACAAGGCAUCAAGCUUUGGGAUGCAGGCGAAAGAGUUCAGCUUAAGAUCACUUACUAUCGGCGGCACAAUCCAAUCAAACGCGACGGUUUUUCUACUGAAUCCUGCACUAAAGUUGACCGUUUCAGAUUCACUCAGAAUUCUUCCUGGUGGCAAGGUCCUUGCAAUUUGGCUUGAAAUAAACUCAAAGUCUUUAACGGUUGAUGGUUCUGGUGAGAUUUCUGCAAAUGGAGGUGGCCUAAAAAAUGGCAAAGGUGUCGGUUUAGGUGGAAAUGGCGCUACUCAUGCUGGCAGUGGUGGCCAGAUCCACGGCUCGUUUGCAGUUGAUAAUACAUACGGAACAGUAAACAAACCAUCUUCAUUUGGAAGUGGUAACGGUAACUCUACAGGAGGAGGCAUUAUCAAGUUAAACGCUAGUGAAACCAUGCAUGUUGAUGGGUCUAUUGUUGCCAACGGACAGUCGCCUGGGGGAAGUGGAGGCAGUAUAUACUUGGUCGCAGCCAUUUUAUCAGGAAGAGGAACAGUGUCAGCAAAGGGAGGGAGCGGUGCAGAUUCAUAUGGUGCUGGUGGCGGAGGACGCAUUGCUAUCAAUUACAAGAAUUCAUCUUUUGCUGGCUCAUAUAUUGUUCUUGGUGGAGAAAGCAAGCAAUAUCCUGCUGGAGCAGGUACUGUAUACCUGAUGGACGUAGGGAAGAACAAGUCGAAGCUGUUAAUUGACAACAAAAUUGAACAGGCAACAUCAAUUGCAGACCGUUCUGAAAUGACGAAAAUGACUUGGAUCUUCGCAUCUUCGGACGUUGGGUCAGUGAUUUUUGAUGAACUUGAUAUCCGCGGAGGAGGGAAACUUGCAGCGAAGACGGAAUUACCUAAUUCUAUGCUUACGUGGCACGUUGGGGCCAUCCGCGGUGACAGAACUGGAAUGCUGUUUAUCCUCAAGUACCAAGAGAUUGAUAUGACGAAAGGAAAUGGAAUUAACCAGGAACUUCUUUGGGGCCUGAACAUUCAACAGUUUGGUGAUGUCAUACUCCCUCCUGGAUUGAACAUAAAUCGCAUCGGAAUUGUCGUGGCUGGAAGAAUACGUGGAGCAGAAAAUGUGACAAUUGGCCCAGAAGGGUCUUUCACCGUGCGAGAAAUGAUUGACCCAAGUGGGGUGAAGUCAAGAAAGAUACGUCUUAGUUCCGUUAACGUCCUUGGUGGUGGAACAAUGCUUCUUGAGUCAGAUAAGCAUGGAAUUUUCAUCAACAUUACAAAUUUUUCAAUACAAACCGGAGGUCGUGUAGUUGCAACAAGACUUCAUUUAACAGCAAAAAAUGUGGAGAUAGCUCAGUCAGGAUUGCUCGACUUAAGCUUUAAAAGUGCUGUGAAUGGUGCUGGUUUGGGAGCAGGAAUUGUUAACUCUCACGGGGCUUCAGGUGCAGGCCAUGGUGGAUUCGGUGGUAAAGGGAAUAUGCAGGAGAUACGAGGCAGUUUCUACAAUAGCCUUAAACAGCCAAGCCAAUUUGGAAGCAGUGGAGGAGGCUUGAAAACUGCAGGUGGAGGGGUUUUGCGUGUCCAAUGCCUCUCUUUUAAACUUGAUGGCGACAUUAAAGUGAACGGUCAGUCUGGAAGUGCAGUUCUUGGUUCUCCAAAUGGCGGCGCGAGUGGUGGCAGUGUUUGGAUUGACUGUAAGACUUUGGAAGGGUCCGGCAGUGUCUCAUCCAACGGUGGUGGAGGAGAUAUCUUAAGUGGAGGUGGAAGUGGAGGCAGGAUCGCUUUGCAUUUUGCAGAACGAAACACAUUUGAAGGAAGUCUAGUUGCAUUUGGCGGUUAUUCAGCACACGAAAGUGGUGCAGCUGGCACUAUUGUCGUUAUUAAUUCAAAGACAGGGGAAAACAAUCUCACCAUUUCGAACCGGGGCCGCAAACCCUCAUCUGCAAGGAUCAAAGAUUUCUCUAGGCUUUCUACAGAUGCUGCGAGGACUUGGGUCCCUGCUAGCAAUGACGGAAACAGAGCAUUGUAUGCAAGUGAGGUCAUAGGCUUGUCUCGCACUGACUAUUAUACGGAAUAUAGCUUUAAUGUAUUCAAGUUGGGAGGUUCAUCUCACGUAGUGUUUGAGCAAAACAAACAGGGAGUCUCAAGUGUUAUCAUUUUACAUCAGUUGAUUAGCACAUACGAAGGCCAAAGCUUUGGCUACUUGCACACACUGGCCAAACAACUUAUCAUUAUUAAGCAAUCAGACUUGUAUGUCCCUGCCAAUUUGCAGGUUUACCCAAAUGGCGUUUUUCAACUACCCGAAAAGGUCAUUUUCCACAAUAAUGAUUUGUAUCUUGAAGGUGCUCUUAUUGGAGUCAGAGAACUGACGGUGUCGUCUGGUGAACUUCGUGUGUCUUUGAAUGCUAGGAUCAGCUUCUAUCUUUCUGGAGAUUCAGGGUUCGAUCUAACAAAGCUUAGUAUAUUCCCAGGGGGUGUGAUUGUUGGGCCAAGCACGUCCAUGAAUCUGUUCAAAAUAAAGGCAGGAAUUUUAGAUAUGCAAGCAGGAGGGACUAUCUCAGGCCGAUCAUUAGACAUUGAAGCACAAACAAUGGCCGUAAGAGAUUCAGCAGUUAUUUCCGUGGAUUAUGGUGGCUUCCCGAAGAUGCGAGGCGAAGGAGCUGGUCCAACAGACAGCCGAGGAAAGGAAAGCUGUGGAGGCAGCCAUGCUGGAUUUGGAGCUUGCCCUUCCAGCGUUUCACAUGCUGCUCCCUAUGGAAAUAUAUUUCAACCUGGAAAGGCGGGUUCUGGUGGCGGAGGAAUAAGUGCUGCCACUGGCGGAGGAGAAGGAGGUGGCAUUAUCAGGAUUUUCACCGUUGAAUUAAGUUUAGAUGGAGCAAUUUCAGCAAGAGGAAACAGCGGGCAACAUCCUGGCGAUGGCGGUGGGUCAGGAGGAAGUAUUUGGAUAAUCGCUACAAAGCUUCUUGGUUCAGGUCGCAUCUCGAUUGGGGGAGGAAAUGGUUAUACGCGCAGCGGCGGUGGGAGUGCGGGGCUUUUGUCAUUGCAAUACUCAACAAAAGGAGGCAUCCUGGAUUAUGAUUUAAAAGGAGGUGAAGGAGUUAUGAAUGCAGGAGGAAGUGGAAUAUUGCAUGAAAAUGCCAAUGGUAAGAGAAGCAUAAAAGUUAAUGGAUACUCAAAAAGUAAUGUGGAAGAAACCGUCAUUGCAUGCGAUUCAGGAUCAAGCAUUGAACUUUCAAAAUUGACAGUCUUGAACAGAGGAAGAUUAAGUAUGCAAGCGUGCCCAGCCGUAUCCAAACGUACCCUUUUUAUUGAUGCUCUGUUAGGAGACCCACAGAGUGAACUGUCGCUGCAAGAUGGUCGCCAGCUUUAUGUUGCAUAUAGAGGGGAUAUCAGCUACGAGCUUCCAUUAUCACUGCGAGUGCUUCCUGGUGCACUGCUUCAGGUUCCCAAUGUAUUCAGCUUGAAACCAUUUACUAAGUUGCACAUAGCUGGACAGUUAGUAGGCGCUGCCUCUUUCAUUCUGCAUCCAUACAGUCAGCUUCAGGUAAAACAUCCUGGAUUUACAAGUUACAAGGAUAUCUCCAUUUCUAGGUUCUCAUUUAAAAAGCUUGUUGUAGAAUCCCGAGCGUCAGUGGUUCCUGAAUCACAAGACAGAACACAUUUUGAUGUAGGCGAAUUUGAACUUCAAUAUUCUGCAGUUUUUCCGCCUAUUAUACCUCUUGUGGUGUUAAAAAAGUUUGUAAAACAAAGUAGAGGCCCGUCUCUUUCUCGUUUAAGCUGCCCCCACGGACACGAGAUUGUUAAUAUAUCCUCAGACGUUGUUUACGAUCCAUGUGGCACAGGCAAGUUGUUCUAUUAUCCUCGAAACGUUAGCUACCAUGCAAAUGUCACCCAUUCUCGUAAUGUAUCGUACCUCGUGAGAGAGGAUGGUUGGGAAAUUCGUGAAGGGCAUAAUGUUAGCUACACUCGGAAUGUUACCAGGUACAUGAUUGAGCCUUACCUAGUUGAAGUAACAAGAUGGAAGAUCGUUUAUAAUAUAACUUGCAAUUACGAAGAGUUCACGUUAUUGGUUGGCCAGAGAUGCUCCUUGCCACCAGGAAGGUAUAGGUACUCAUCUCUGGUGAUAGAGCAACAAGCUGUAUUUGCCUUUCAAAGUAAUGGUUACGAAGAAACAACACUUGAAGUUGGUAACAUCAAAGUCUUUACUGAUGGCCGUCUCAGCCUUCUACCACAUUCGCUACCCAAUCGAAGGUUAUCGUCAACAGAUACAGGAGCAAGUCAUGGUGGACAAGGAGGUAAAGGGGCUUCUUCAAUUUCUGUAGCAAAUGGUAUUUUUGGCAACGUUAUGACACCCAAAGCCCAUGGCAAAAGUGGAGGAGGAGGCGCUACUGGUGAGAUUGGAAAAGGCGGAGGACAACUUGUACUUAAUGUAUCACGUGGCAUAACACAUGAUGGAGUUAUUGAUGCAAAUGGUGGUGAUGGUAUUGGUGGAGGUAGCGGUGGAAGUCUUCUGAUAAUAGCUAAUUGGAUAAAGGGUAGAGGGGCGUUUAGAGCCGAAGGGGGUGCCGGCCAGGGCGGCAAUGGAGGCGGUGGAGGAGGAGGAAGAAUAGCAGUCUACACAGAAAGAGAUGCAUUCAAAGGAUCAUAUUCUGUUCAUGGAGGCAGUGCAUUUCACAACGGACAGCCAGGCACCGUAGUGCUCGUAAAUACGGCUGGAAUUCGCAAAAUACGCUUGCUAUUGAACGAAUCAGGGGUUGUAACUUUACCAGCAAAUAGUGUAUCAUAUUUUUUCGAUGAGAUAUCACUCGGACGAUCUACGACGUUUAAGGUCAACAAUUUCUCUUUAAUAACAAGUCGUCUAAGCACACAGAGUGGUUGCUUUUUGGAUGUUGGUUCAAACGCCUCGAUUGUUGUAAACUCAACAGAAGGACAGAAGUUAUACUGUAACAUAAAUGUGAGGGAAAAUGCAAUGUUUAAUUGUUCUGGUCAGUUAGAACUCAGUUCACCAGGAUCUGAACAAAUUUCAGGUUGGCUGCAAGCGGAAAGUCUUGUUGUACAGUCUUUGAAAAGCUUAAGUAUGCUGCAGAAAAGCUAUUUAAUCACGAAAAGCAUUUACAUAGGGCAUAAAUCAAAUAUUUCUUUAAGCAAAGAAUCACGGAUUGGUCAUUCGUCCACAUAUCAGCUGGACAUAGAAAGAUUGACUCUAUCAGUGUCAUCUGAAAUCUGUUUUAGCUCACCAAAAGUGACAAUAAAUGUUUUUUCAUUAUCCAUGGCCCGUGGGUCACGUUUGAAGUCGAUGUCGGAGCUUGAUUUGACUAUAAAAGCAAGUAAAAUAGUGAUGGAGAACCAAUCAGAGAUCAAGGCACUAGGCAAUGAUAAAAAGUCUGUUAAAAUUUCAUCUGGUAACGAAACUUGUGGGUUUGGUGGAAGCCAUGGUGGCCAAGGGGGCGGAGCUCUAACUAGUGAAUCGUAUGGUUUAUUAGUGAGGCCAACUGCCUUUGGAAGCAGUGGUGGAUCUGCAGGUAGUCUUGCUGGAAGUUUUGGAGGCGGCGUUCUAUUCAUUACUACUAAAACACUUGUGCUAAAUGGAAAUGUUUCAGUCAGUGGAGUUUCAUCUUUCGGUAGCCAAGGUGGUGGUAGUGGUGGGAGUUUGCUCAUAGAAGCAGAGAUUUUGUCAGGACAGGGUAGUAUAUCUGCUAAUGGUGGGAACUCUCUAUGUGGCGGAGGUGGAGGAGGACGCAUUUCUCUCAACGUAAAAUAUAGGACGAAUUUCAAGGGGCGGAUAACGGCCUACGGUGGUAAAGGAGCUUUUACAGGAGCGGCCGGGACUAUUUUCAUAUCCGAAAAAGUAGUUGGAGUCGAUGUAAAUUCAACAUUUAUCAACAAUAAUGGCUUAAUGUCAAAUGUCGAGUCGAAGAUUAUGGUUGACAGUGCGACGAUGACCUUGCAGAAUUUAGAUAUCUCGGGAGAGGGAAAGCUGACAUUUGCAUCAUCGUCUGAUCUUGUUAUUAAGUUUUCCAAAGUUUCAGGGGAUUUCAGUGGUUUUCUUACAAUAAUGCCAAGGCAGAAGGUGUUUCUUCAAACAUCGAAAGCUUUCUCUAAACGACCUUUUAUGCUUCCAUGUUCGCUAUCUGUCAAACUCAAUGCAACUUUGUAUUUAGCCACAGGAUUAUUCGUCACAAAAACGAUAAACAAACCUUCUUUGUACAUCGAGGGUCGGGUGAUUGGCGGAGAAAAUAUCAUAGCUGGCAAGCAAGGUCAUAUUGUUGUUGCCAGAACCGGCAGUAUAGGGAUAUCAACAGGGAAACCAAGGACUUUCUCUUUUAGAUCAAUUGCUAUUCUCAACGAAGGGAAGUUGAAAUUUGAGUCAUCGUUGGACGAGAAAGUUCAAGUGAACUCUGAAUCCAUAAUUCUUGGAUAUGGCGGAUUAUUAGAAGGCAAAAAUUUGCUUUUAAAGACUCCCAGUUUGGUGAUAUCUUAUGGUGGCAGAAUUUCUGUAAAUGGUGAGGGAUUUCCUGCGGGAAGAGGUCCAGGGGGUGGAACUUCUGUGGUAAAUUGGGGUGCUGCUGGCGGAGCGUAUGGAGGGUUUUCUGGCUCAGGAGGAAACGCUAAUGGAACGCGAAUUGUAUAUGGGUCUCUUUUCAAGGCGGAAAACCAUGGCAGCGGUGGAGGUAGUUCCGGAGGGGCCUUAGGUGGGAGUGGUGGUGGAAUUUUGAUGAUAGAAGCGGUAAAUUUGCUAGUAGAUGGUACAGUGUCAGCAGAUGGCUCACCAGGUGCAGAAAAUGCCGGUGGCGGAUCAGGAGGAAGUAUUCAUAUUGUCACCUCAAAGCUUACUGGACUUGGAUCAAUACAAACGCUUGGAGGUGAAGGGAAAGGAUUCGGGGGUAGUGGCUCAGGAGGGAGAAUAUCGAUCAUUGUCAGUGAUCAAUUUACAUUUAAGGGAAUAGUUGAUGCAACUGGAGGAAAAAAAGCUAACAGUAGUUCUAUUUGGGGGUUCAGUGGCUCACCUGGUACUGCCUACAUUAAAGAUAUUCAUAACAACUAUUUCAAAAGAGAGAAGUUACUGAUACAGAACCGAUUAAACUUAAAUCAUUCUUUUGAGUUGUUUCUGAACCAAACGGUAAGCCAGUAUGCUUUUGAAAUUGUUGUCCUGAAGGGUGGUGUUGUGCUUCAUUGCGACAAAAAUGCAGACAUUACGAGCUUUGAGUCAGACGACAGAAGUGUUUUGCACGUUCCUGAUGGUGUCAUUCUUAGUUUAGAACAGACGCAAGCGUCUAGCGAUGUCCAUGCCAGUUUUCACGUUGAUAAAUUUGGCGAAGUACGGUUAGCAAGCAAAGUAACAUUCCUUGGGCGCGACAACAGGCUUCUUGGUACACUUACGGGUGUGUUCGACUUUAAUAUAGGCGAAACAAAAACGACCACUUUGUCCGCUUCUGGCAGAACUGCACAGUACAAGGACGGAAAGUAUGUCGUUUUGUCGAAACGUGGCGAGUACAAGUUUAUCAAAGUUACCCUUCAAAAUCGUGCGAAGCUGUAUUUUGAGAAUACCGCCGAACAAAUGAUUCCGAUAUCCCUUGCAUCACUGGAAAUGUUUUUUGGAUCUGUCCUAAGUGCUCAUCGACUUUUCGUAGACAGUGGCGAAAUUAUCUUGCAUGCUGGUGCUAUGAUUGAUGUAUCAGGAAUGAUAAGCAAAAGUUCUGUCACGCAUUCUGCUGACGGGGGUAGUCAUUGUGGAUACGGUGGUGGAAGAAUUGUAGAUCAAUAUAGGGAGUUGUCAUCACUACACCCUGAUUUGACUGGUGAGGCCGGAGGUGGUCGCAACGCAGGAGGGGGUAUUUUGAAAAUGAAAGUUUCCGGAAACUUAAAGGUCGACGGGAGCCUGCUAGCAAAUGGCCUCGGUUCAAAGCAACAGAACAGCGGUGGGGCAAGUGGAGGCACCAUUUACAUUAUCACCUCAUCGUUUAACGGGCUCGGAAAAGUCUUUGCUGACGGAGGAGAUGGACUUGGCAGUGGAAACGGAGGAGGGGGUGGCUGCGUUGCCGUUCAUGUUGAUAACGAGGCGAAGUUUAAAGGCACUAUGCAGUCACGUGGUGGUAAUGGAAUGAUUGUGGGUGGAGCAGGGACCAUUUACGUCGAGGAUAUGAAAACGAUGAUUCCAAGGAGGAAACUUACAUGCAAAAAUCUGGAAUCGAAAUCAGCAUAUUCAGCGAUUACAGAAUUUGUCGCAAGGGCUUCUGAUCAUGUUACUUUUGAUCAGCUUGACAUUAAAGGUCCGUCGAGACUGCGAUUCAGAAUGAGGAAGCUAGCAAAAAACAAAAUAUUUGUUGCAAAUCUAAUUGGUGAUGGUAAAGGAGAGAUAGGAGCCUUGAAAAAUCAAACUUUGAUGAUUGAAGUAACGGAAGCAAAGGAGCAAUUGAUAACUUUAACAGCUAAUGUCUUUGUUGAUUUCGCAGCAUCUUUGGUGUUAGCAACUAACUUGACUAUCGAUGGAUCUUCAUUGACAAUCAACGGUAUUCUUGCUAAUGUAAGGACUCUAACUGUCGAAUCGAAGUCAAGCAUUUUCUUUGGACCACAAUCGCAAACUGGUAUAUUGCAGGGUGAGAGUUACGUUUCCCUUAGUGACCGAGGAGCUCAGCAAUUUGGACAAGUUGUUUUAAAGAGCAAUUCAAAAUAUGGAGGCAAUGGUCCUUUGAAGUUAAAUGUUGGAAAACUGUCAGUAAGAACAGGAGUAAUGUUGCAUCGGAGUAGCGUUAACUUGCAGGUGGACUGGAUCAAAAUGGAACGUGGUUCAGUUAUUUCUACGAAUGGGUUAGGUGCAACGGGGACUGUGUCUAAGGGAGCAGGACUUCUUGCAGGUGGUGGUGGACAUGCAUCUUCAGGAGGUGGACAUAAAGGGGGCACAGCAUAUGGCUCGUUCAUCAAACCGCAGGAGGCUGGAUCUCCCGGUGGCAAUUCCACCAAUGGGAUUGCCGGUGGUGAAGGCGGUGGUAUAGUAACUGUUAUAGCAAAUACAUUCUUAUUUGAUGGAUCCAUAGAAUGCAGUGGCAGUGGAGCAGCAUUAACGACAAAGGCAGGUGGUGGCAGUGGUGGCAGCAUACAUAUAGAUGUGAGUCGUCUAUUCAGUGGAGGGGGAAAUCUUCUUUCUAAUGGUGGUAAUGGUGAUGGGACUGGAGGCGGUGGGGCUGGUGGCCGUAUAGCUGUUCACGUCAAAACUGAGAGUAAAUUCCAUGGGAAAAUUGAAUCUUUCGGAGGAAGAAGUGAAAACGUGGCGUCGUUAGGUGGACCUGGAACUGUGUAUCUAACUGACAUACGAGAUAAAAGAGAGUACAGAGUUUUGAAAGUCAGUAACAGAGACACAUCAGAUAACAAAUUUGUUGUACUAAAUGAUAGUAAAAGUGAAUAUAGUUUCGAUGAAUUGCAUCUCUUCAAAAGUGCUGCUUUGUCAAUGGGAAAAGAAAACCAUGCCGCCGUUCUCAGGCUAGCAAGCGUGUUUGGUGACAAUUCUGGCUUGAUUCAUAUUCAUGCCAGCCAGUACUUGUAUUUCAAACAUAAUUUAUACAGAAAAACAGUAGCACGAGUUAACUUUAACCUGAAGCUAGACCAUGGUGGCAGUGCUUUCUUGGCAGAUAAAACAUUUUUUCAGGGUAUAGGGAGUAUUGCUUUAGAGGUGAAUGGGACACUGAUAGGAAUACAAGACAUCAUCAUAGCUGAAAAACGUUUGGUAAAAAUUCACCCGUCGGCUAACACAAAGAGAUUUAUAAAUGGAAAGUACGUCUCGUCUCCGGAUGGCAGUUACCACUUUGCAACAAUCCAACUUUUUACCGGCAGUGACGUCAGACUUGAAGGUGGUGUAGGUGUAGAGUUUGUCACAAGCUACUUGAGUAUGAAGUACUCUUCGAAGAUAAGUGCUAAGUUCUUCAAGCUUAUUACGUCAUCAGUCGAUAUUGAAUCCGGGGCUGAAAUUAACUGUGCAGGAACAGUACCAGACAAAAGGCCUUACAUCUUAUCAAGCCAAGGAGCUGGCCAUGGAAGUUAUGGUGGAAAUGGCUAUAGCCUUUGCAGCUCCUUAUGGGUCAUACAUUUGGCCAAACACACAGGAUCAUUGGGAGGGAGCGGAGCUUUGUUGGGUGGUUUUGGAGGUGGUUUUGUCAGAAUAGAGGCCGGUGUAACUGUUAUAAUAGACGGAACAAUAACAGCCGAUGGGCAGAAUGCGCCUGUUGGCAGUUCAGGAGGUGGAGGAAGUGGUGGCAGUAUUUUGAUAAAGGCUUAUGAAGUCAAGGGAACUGGUGACCUGUCAGUGAAAGGUGGAGCCGGUGAUUCGUCAGGCGGCGGUGGAGCGGCUGGUCGUAUGGCCAUUCACGUUCUCACUAGAAAUGAGUUCUCCGGGGAGUAUCACGCGACUGGAGGUGUAAGCAGGCGUUCGAACUCUUUUGGUGGGCCAGGAACAGUGUAUAUAUCACAAGUAAAGUAUAAACAGCUCCACAGCCAGCUCAUAGUAGAUAAUUCAAGGCGUUUAUCAAUUUAUCCAGUUAUCUUGGACGAAUUUAAUACCACUGAGUAUGUUUUUAACGAAACAUUGAUAUUUGGUGGCGCUAAACUCCAAAUCCGGCCUGGACCUGGAGUCUUAAUAAUCCAUAGCGUUAAAGGCGAUAGAACUGGAGUCCUGUGGUCUCUAUCAAACCAAACGUUUUAUAUCGAGAAAGAACAAUACUCUACGUCCGCCCCUGUCAACUUUGUUGUGGGAGAGACUUCAAAAUUGGUGUUGCCUUCCGUUGUACGUUUGCUUGGCGAGUUUGGAUUAAUUUCUCCAGGACCUCAGGCGUCUCUGGUAUUACGUGGAUUGCUAGAUGGUGUGAGGGACAUGGUUGUAUCGAAAAGCAAAAGGUUUUAUUUCAUAGGAAAAGCUCACACGUCCUUCACGGAAAACGGUACGUAUGUAGUUGAAAAGCCACAAACGUUCAGAUUUCCAUUGUUUGAGUUACAAGAUGGCUCAAAAUUCCAGCUUAUUAACGUAACAUCAAUGAAGUGCACCAUUGGCAAUUUCCAUCUGAAAUAUGGUGUUACACUAGUCGCCGACAUCAUUGACAUAAGUGCUACAAACCUGAAGCUUGAAGAUGGCAGCCGUAUAACUGCAGCUGGAGCUGACCGCCCGGGACUUGUCGCUGAGCCGGCUUUGCCAAAAGGGUGUGGGGGUGCAGGUGGUAGUCAUGCAUCAAUAGGAGGACUUGGGUUGACAUCCUCCCAAUUUGUGCCACCACUUGGUAGUAUGUACAGGCCUACGUCAUUUGGUACUAGAGGAUGCCCAGGUAACCGUAUUGGAGGUCUUGGGGGAGGCUCUGUUAAGAUUUUUGUCACUAAUAAGCUGUAUGUUAAUGGCAUCAUAACAGCAGAUGGGGCAAGCUCAUUGUCUGGCUCUAACAGUGGGGGUGGUGCAGGUGGAAGCGUCUUAAUAGAUGCAGAAACGCUCGAGGGGCAUGGAACUGUGAAUGUAAAUGGAGGAAACGGAGAAGGAGUCAAAGGUGGGGGUGGCUCUGGUGGAAGAGUCGCUGUUAACCUAAAGAAGCAAAUACAGUACCUUGGAACGUUCACUGGUUAUGGUGGCAAGGCAGGAGAUAUAACAAAAGACAAAACAGAUAAAGGUGGUGGACCAGGGACUAUAUACAUCGCCGAUGUAAGAAAAGGAUACGAUUAUAACCAGCUACGAAUUGACAACCAGAAUAGAGGAUGGGGGCACUACGUGACACUGGAUGAAAAUAGCACAAGUUACGAAUUCAGCGAGGUUCAUCUUCACAGAUCUGCAUCGUUACAAAUGAAUAAAGACUACAUUCAACGCAAUCUUACAGUUCAGAAAAUUAUUGGAGACCGGACAGGUCUUAUCCAUGUACACAAGAAUCAAUUAUUGCGGUGUGAGGUGAAAGACGCAAGAGUGACGAUAAGCCGAACGCUGGCAAAUUUCAAGCUUGAUGCUGGUUCAGAAGCCAUUAUGCCAACUGUUUUGCACAUAGUUGGCUUAGGAGCUGUUGCUUUUGACUGGAAUGGAAGACUUACAAAUACUUUGUAUUUGCACAUAGCCCACAAGAGAAAAGUCUUGAUUGGCGCCAUGUCUCAUACUUCGCUGAUCGUAAAUAAAGAAAGAAAGUAUAUUGACCGUUUUGGUACGUUCAGGUUUUCCCAUUUAGAAUUUGGAAGUGGUUCCGUUAUUGCUUUCCCGCCGCCGAUGGGUGUCACAUUUACCGCUGGACUGUUGGAUCUGAAAUACAAUUGCUUGUUUACUGCUGAGUACUUCGACGUUGAGGCAACCGAAUUCCAGUUAGAGCCGGCAGCGACUCUUGAUUGCUCCGGACGUGGAUCUGUAUAUCAUUCAAAAGCAAGUGGUGCGAAUUCAUCAACUGCAGCUGCUGGGGCAGGCCAUGGCUCAAUCGGUGGUCACUCGAUGUCCGGGGCCUCUGGUGGUCAAUCAUAUGGAUCAAUCUACCGACCUGGCAUGUUUGGAGCUAGGGGUGGUUCUGGUCCAGGAGGUAUGGGCACGAGAGGUGGUGGGAAAAUGCGAAUAAGGGUUGGGCAUAAGUUUAUUUUGGAUGGUGUUUUUGCUGCUGAUGGAAUAAACGUUAAAGGGGCUUCUGGUGAAGGUGCGGGUAGUGGUGGAAGUAUAUGGAUAACAACAAAUGAACUGGGUGGACAUGGAGAGGUACGAGCGAAUGGUGGAAUGGGCUCUAGCCGCAACAGCCUUGUGUCUGGGAGUGGUGCUGGAGGAAGGAUAGCAAUACAUAUCUUGAAGCUGAAUCACUACCGAGGUCGUUUGAAGGCCGUAGGUGGAAGCGGGACCGGGACGUCAGCAGGAGGACCUGGCUCCGUGUUCAUUGAAACAAAGACCAGGUUCGGAUAUCACCGCAGGCUAAUUAUUGAUGGUAACAAUGCCAAACCGGCCAAGCCAUUGCGGGUUUCUGAGCAAAACCCAAGCACGCCGUGGAAUUCUACAGAGCUGAACAAUGCAACAUUUGCAUUUGAUAGUGUUGAAAUUUUGAAGCAGGCCACUCUGCAGAUUAGCAGCGAAAUAUCUUCCAAUCCAUCAAUCUCAGUUUCAAACCUCGUAAGUGACGGUACCGGGUUGGUCCAUGUACAAAAGCACCAAACAUUCUUUAUCGAAUAUAAUCCACAAAUGACAAGACGAUCAAUAUCUAAAGUCAAUUACCUGGUUGAUUCAUUUGCUGUCUUGUAUUUUCCAACCGAUGUCACAGUGCUUGGUCAGAAUAUCCCUGCUAUAGAUUUAAAGGGAACAAUUGUAGGCGUUCUUAAUCUCACUGUCGCAGAGGGAAAAGUAGUUCACUUGGCUUCAUCCGCAAGAAUAUUGCCUCCUUCUUCAAAAAACCACACAAGAAGUAUGAUGGAGCAGGGUGGCGUUGAUGUUGGGGUCUGGACCCAAGAGGCUAACUCGAUGUUAAUCUUCACAGAAACUGAAGAUUGUCGAAUUAACGCAAAAGAUUUUAUUCUACGCAGCGGUUCGGUAGUUAGAGCUAAGAAUGUUCAGCUGCAGACAUCGAAUCUUCACUUAGAAACUGGUUCAAUUAUCAACGUAACAGGCAAGGGCUUUCCGGCACAGUCAGGCCCGGGUCCAGGAAACGAGUCAACAGGAGCAUCCCAUGGAGGCUAUGGAGGAGGAUUAGGCGCAGGCCCUGCAUAUGGCUCAUAUUAUUCUCCAAGAAUGCCAGGAUCUGGAGGUGGCACUGCUUUUGGUGGCUCAGGAGGAGGAACAAUCUUCAUGAACAUUACGUAUUCUUCGCAUAUUGACGGUAUUAUUGUGGCUGAUGGCAGAAAUGCAAGAUCAAAUAAUGCAGGUGGCGGAAGUGGAGGAAGUGUCUUGAUUGAAACUGAGAAUUUCGCGGGUCACGGUACCAUAUCUUCCAAAGGAGGCAACGGCAUUGGUGUAGGAGGAGGUGGCUCAGGUGGCAGGGUAGCGAUCCACAUUGCUUGGAGACGAGAAUUUCAAGGGAAAUUUGUUGCUGUUGGUGGUUUGGGAAGUCCUGCUGGAGCUGCUGGGACAGUUUACUUUACUGACAAUAAUAUUGGGUUAGAUCAAAGACCAAGGAUGUCAUUAGGGAGUGAAAAUAAAACGGAGUGGGGUUAUAGCUUUAGAAAACUUUACCUUGAUAACUGGAACAGAAACAAAGAUGCCAUCACAGUUAUAAUGGAAGGUCGUAUGAAUUAUGAGUUUGAAGAAAUUGAAGCGAAAAAUCACGUUGUAUUACAAAUAAAUGGAAGCAAUGCAACGUUGACAGCCCAUAAAUUCAAAGGUGACCGUACAGGUUUGUUUCACUUGAAAUCAGGACAGAUAAUUUUUGUAGAAGUUAAAGAAGCAAGGAGAGGCUAUACGAUCGCUCCGGUCAGUUAUAAGUUGGACGCUGGCUCUGCAGCUCAUUUUCCAUCAAAAUUGACUGUUCUGGGUACACGAUGUCAUCUAAACGGACGCAUUGUCGAUGUAGAUCAGCUGUUUCUUGCAAAAGGAGCCAGUGUCCUCCUAGGGCCAAAUGCAACGAGUGCAAAGUUUGAAAAUGGGACCUAUAAGCUCGUUUCUCAACCUGGAAACCUUAAUAUUGGAGAAAUAGUUAUACAGAAUAAUGCAAUAAUGGACACAACCAAAAUAUAUACCACAGUGUCAUUGGUUAUCAAUCACCUAAGAAUCAAAUAUCAUGGCCUGCUUAAAAUGAAUAAGGCUAUUAUCAAGGCUUCAAACAUGGAAAUAGAAAGCAUGGGACACUUAACCAUUGUACCUAGUGGUUUUAAAGCGGAACUGGGACCAGGAGCUGGAAGUACCAAUACCCGCGUUGGUUCAGGCGCAGGUCAUGGUGGCCAAGGCGGAGCAAAGACUGGAACAAAUGGUGGAGGAGCAGGAUAUGGCUACAUUUUUUCGCCAAAGGAUGUCGGAAGUGGAGGGGGCAACGGUGAUGGGAUAGGUGGACAAGGCGGGGGAUCUUUAGUCUUGGCAAUAGGAAAAGACAUUUAUCUGGAUGGGUAUCUUUUCUUAAAUGGAGGUAAUGCUGCAAGAACCAAUGCAGGUGGUGGAAGUGGAGGCAGUUUAUUGGUUACUUGCUUGAAUAUAUCCGGGCAUGGUUAUGUUGAUAUUACUGGUGGGAAUGGAACUGGCCUUGGUGGAGGUGGUUCCGGAGGUCGUGUUGGAGUUCAUGUUAAGUACAAGUAUAAGUAUGGUGGAACAUUCCGGACAGUCGGAGGAGCUGGAGAUACGUAUGGCUCAUCUGGGACUGUGUACAUCGAAGAAACCGGUCGGUCACCUCAAUAUGCAGAUAUAAAAUACGACCAAUCAGAGAAUAAAACAGUUUUUCUUGCACUGCAUAAGUAUUUGUUUGUAAAUAACGAGGACCACAUAAUACCUUGGUCAACUGUUCUUGUUGACCAAGCUCGCAACUAUUGGGAAUUUGAUGAGUUACACUUGAUUAGACAUUCAAACCUUAUUGCAGAGCAUCCAUUAAGGUCCCCAAAUGUGACAAUUGUUGUGCAUAGAUUUCUUGGCGACGGAACCGGUCGCGCUCACGUCAGAGAGAGGCAGUUGUUAUACGUUGAAGUUGUUGAAUCUAUGUCGAAUGAAACAACUGCACCAUGCAGCUUUCUUGUUGAUGUAGGAGGAGAGAUUGUGUUCCCUUCUACUGUUUAUAUCCGUGGGACAAGAAGCAAAAUUGAUGGAAGGGUGACAGGCAUUGAGUACCUAUUUAUUGCUAGUGGUGGCAGCAUCGAGUUUUCGUCAACUUCCCAAACAGCCAAAGUAGAGAACCGGGUUUAUUUGUAUAUAUCUGCGCACGGGAAUUUUUCUUUUUCUUCAGUACUCGUUAAGAGAAACUCGCAUCUAAUAUUCACAAGAGUAAACGAUACACUAAAAUUGUACACCAGCAUGCUGCGAGUUAAAUACGAAGGUAAACUGUCAAUGAAUCACGGGAUAUUUUACACUUCCUACGCAUGGGUUGAAGGUAGGGGCUUGAUAACUCUAGACGGUACUGGAUUCCCAGGGGAGAUUGGCAAAGGCCCAGGAAAAACAGUAGAUCUCAUUGGAAGUGGGGCUGGAUAUGGUGGUGAAGGUGGAGGUAAACAUCCAGGUCAGGCGUACGGGUCAGUUUACUCGCCUGUUGACUUUGGAAGUGGUGGGGGUCAUGGACAGGGUAUUGGUGGUUCUGGAGGCGGUUAUCUACUUUGGAUUGUCAGCAGACACCUAGAAAUUAAUGGAUUAGUGACAGCAAAAGGUAUGCAAGGAACGGGUACAAAUGCUGGUGGGGGUAGUGGCGGGAGUAUAUUUAUCAAAACUACAAACAUGACUGGACACGGAGAGCUGAAUGUUGAAGGAGGUGCGGGAACUGGCAUGGGCGGAUGUGGCGCGGGUGGCAGAAUAGCCAUUCAUUGUCGAUGGAGAUAUACAUAUGGCGGAAAGAUCAAGGAUAAAGGUGGGCAAUCUAAGUUCAAUGGAAUAAAUCUAGGAGCAGCUGCAGGGACAGGGUAUAAAGAAGAGAACUUUAGGCCUCUUGAAUAUAGAAUCAAGAAAUAUAUGAGAAAUACUAACGAGACAAUGUUACGUGUAGAUCAUACUUACUUGCAUGUUGAUAACGAAGGUUAUGAUGUACCUGGUGCCACCGUGAUAAUGGAGGAAAACACUGAGGUUUAUGAGUUCGAUGAACUGGAGCUGACUGGCUAUUCACGCUUAGUGGCCUAUCAUCAACAAAACAUGAGUGUCAAUGUGACUGUACAUAAAUUUAUCGGGGACAAGACAGGACAGUUUCAUAUUUUCAAUCGGCAAAAGAUAUUUGUUGAGGUUGUUGAGUCAUUAAACAAUCUAACAGAGGCUCCUUGCAGUUAUCGAAUUGAUGUUGGCGGAGAGAUUUUGUUUCCUGUUGAAGUUCAUUUGUAUGGCACAAGGACUGUGCUCGAAGGAAUGAUAACCGGUGUUGAAAAGCUUUUCGUUUCCUUUGGAUCCGAAGUUGAUAUUUAUUCGACUGCACAGACCGCAUUAAAAGAAAAUAGGUAUUACGUUUUUGUAUCCGACCCAGGAAACAUUUCAAUAGCUGAUGUGACUGUGAAAAAGGGAGGUAAUCUAGAAUUUCGUAAGAUAAUUAAUGAUCUGACACUAAAUGUUAACCAACUUUAUAUUCAUUAUCAAGGAAGGCUGUACAUGAACCAUGGGUCGAUUUUCAGCACUUACGGUCACCUUUAUAGUCAAGGCCUGUUAAGUUUAUCUUAUACUGGAAAAACAGCGCACCAAGGAAUCGGAAGGGGCAAGAAUAUGAUCGUUUCAGGAAUUAUCAUUGGGACUGGAGCAGGCCACGGUGGGGAAGGGGCCUAUGCCAAUACUGUAUCUGGCUCAGGAAAAGCAUAUGACUCUGUCUACAGGCCGAAGGCGCUUGGUAGUGGAGGAGGAAAUGGCACUGGAGUUGGUGGCCCAGGAGGUGGUCGUCUCACAUGGUUUGUAAGUCAAUGGUUGGAAUUGGAUGGACAGCUUACAGCCAGAGGCGCUGAUGGUCAAAAUGGAAAUGCUGGUGGUGGCAGUGGAGGAGCUAUUCUAAUAUUCACGACCAACAUUACGGGUCAUGGUGUCAUUGACAUAGCUGGUGGGACAGGACAUUCUCUUGGGGGCAGUGGCGCUGGUGGUCGAGCCGCAAUCCAUUGUCGAUGGAAGUAUAGAUUUGGUGGUAAGUUUAUUACACGAGGAGGCCAGGGAAUAAGGUGCGGCGCAGGGACGGUAUACAAGGAAGAGAACCUGAAGGAAUUGGAUUAUAGAAUCAAAAAAUACCACAGUGGAACAAAUAGCAGUUACCUGGCUGUUGACCACACGAUGUUAUUCGUGAGCAAUGAAGGAUACAAUGUUGACGUUGCCAGUGUUGUCAUGGAUAAGCAAAAAACAAGUUAUGAAUUCGAUGAAGUAGAGCUGACCGGCUAUUCACGUAUGAUAAUUCACCAUCUAAACAAAACCAAAGUGGACCUAACGGCGCAUCGAUUCAUUGGCGAUCGGACAGGACAGUUACACUUACGUGAAAACCAAAUUGUCUACGUAGAAUACGUGGAAUCGGUAAUGAAUCGAACUGAGGCGCCCUGUAGCUUCAAAAUUGAUUAUGGUGCUGAGAUUGUCCUCCCGUUUGAGUUCCAUGUGCAUGGUGUCCGCACUGUUAUGGAUGGAAGAAUGACGGGUGUGCAUCACUUGUUUUUAGAGCACAGCUCAAGCAUCGAAUUUUCGGAAACAGCAAGUACGGCUUUGAUUGAGAAUCGAACGUAUACGGACAUUUCUGGGAUCGGGAAUGCAUCGAUAGCAAAUGUCAUCGUGAAGAAUGGCGGUAACAUGAACAUUGUCAGGCGGAAGGACGUAAUUGUAGGACUUAAAGCAGAGCUCUUCGAAAUAAAGUUCAAUGGCAAAGUUAGCAUAAACCAUGCUGUUAUAUACUCUACGUAUGGCGAUGUGGAAACGGAGGGAAAGUUGAUUUUGGAUGGAGCUGCCAUUGGCUCAGGCCAAUCUCCUGGGAUGGUCUUGCCAAAUGGAUGCGGAGCAGGAGGUGGAUAUGGUGGCUAUGGAGGGGGAGCUGCUAAUGGUACUUAUGGCGGUGAGCCAUAUGGAUCAGCAUUCGUGCCAGUCAAUCUUGGCAGCCAAGGUGGAAACCAAGGGAGCCAAGGUGGUGGCAGUCUUCGAUGGAUUGUAAAGAAGCAUAUGCAUAUUGAUGGACUUGUCACUGCCAAGGGCGCGGAUGAAGCCACCUCUGGAAGAGGUGCAGGAAGUGGAGGCAGUUUAUUCUUUGAGGUCACAAACAUGACAGGGCACGGACAAAUUAACGUGAAUGGUGGAUCAGCAUCACAUUGUGGCUGUGGCGGUAGCGGAGGUCGCAUUGGAGUACAUGCACGUCACAGAAUUGACUAUGGCGGCACAUUUAAGUCAUCUGGUGGCAAAAGCAAUGCAUGCAGCGGAGGCCCUGGUACAGUAUAUACGUACCAGAGCAGACGCGGACCGCAGUACAGAGAAAUCAAGUACAACGUACAUUUGAAUAUGACUGAGUACAAACCGGAGCAUUCAGCAUUUUUGAUUGAUAACGAGGCACUGGUAACAUCGUCGUACGCCGUAAUAAUGGAUCAGGACAGAGAAAAAUCUCUUUAUGAUAUUGACGAACUUGGGGUGAGUGGCAAGGCACACCUACAGUUUUAUCAUCCCUACACGUCGCGCAACCUCAGUGUGUACGCAAGAGAAGUGACUGGGGAUAAGACCGGUGUUGUAAGGGUCCAUGAUAGGCAGAGUCUCUUUGUCUUUAUCGUUCAAUCCACGCACACAUACAUGGAUGCUCCGUGCGGGUUUUUCGUCAGCGAAUUUGCCGAAAUCGUCCUGCCGUCUGAGGUUAUCAUACGAGGAGAAGAUGUUACUAUAAAAGGACGAAUGAGAGGCUGUGAGAGUCUAGUGAUUGAACGAGGCGGCAGACUUCUCCUGCAGGGCAAUGCGCAUACUGCAUCCGUAGGCGAUGAAGCAAGUUGGUUCCAGGCCCAUCCAUUUUACCCCUUCACGCCAGGAUUAACUAGAUUGCAAAUUCUCAGAGUGACAAACCAAGGCAACUUGAAAAUAGAAAUGGAUCCAGUUGUUCCUGUGCUCGAAGUAGCAGAAUUCAAAGUCAAAAAAGGCGGUAACGUGAAAGUCCAAACAAAAAGUGUCGUAGUUAACGGCGACACUCUUGUUGUUGAAUCUGGGAGUACACUUGAUGCUUCUAGUGCAGGAUUCAAAUCUUUGCAAGGUCCUGGAAAGGCAACAACACUCAUGAUGGGAGGUAGCUUUGCUUCACAUGGUGGGUACGGCUCGGAGACUUCGGUAUACGGACACUUCAACAAGCAAUUUCAGCCUGGAAGUGGCGGAGGAGCUGGUGCUGGCGGUGGGCUUUUACGGUUUCAAAUUGGAAAUGAGGUUGUAAUCGAUGGAUCGAUUCAAUCAAGAGGUCAAAGUACCUCAGCUGCUUAUGGAGCCGGCAGUGGUGGCUGCAUAAUUAUUGAGACUUUUGAUUUGAGAGGGAAGGGAUCAAUAACAGUCAAUGGAGGCUAUUCCUCAUUGGAAAGUGGGAAUUUUGGAGGAGGGGGAUCUGGAGGGAGACUAGCACUUUUUGUGACGUCAGCACUGCGAUUCGGUGGUUCAAUUACGGCCUUGGGUGGAGAUGGUUAUAAAAAAGGCGGCCCUGGAACAGUUUACAUACAUGUCGCAAUAGCCAACAAGACCUCAGAACGUCUUAUUAUCGACAACAUGAACAGGGAUGAGUCCUAUUACGUAACUAUCAAGAUUCCGAAAUCAGAGAUUGAUGUUCUCGAGUUGUACAGAAGAGCCGUUAUCACACUUCCGCAGGAUUCUGACUUUGAAUUUUUCAUUGGUCACAUUUCGGGAGAUGGAAGCGGCGUUUUAAAAGUGCGAAGGCAAAACAAGGUAUACUUAGCGAACUUGAUUCCGCGAACUCAUCUUCUUGGUAACAUUGAGAUAUUUUACGGUGCAAUAUUGACUCUGCCUCGCAUUGUUACAGUUGCCGGAACGAGGAUACCCUCUUUGAAUGUUUAUGGUUCCUGUCUGGGCAUACAAAAAUUACGGUUGUUUAAAGGCAGUGCUGUUUAUUUACAAUCUUCUGGCCAAACGUCAUGUACAACAUGCUUCUUUGCAGCUUCAAACAGAACUGAAUUUCCUGGAAAGUAUUACUUUCAGACGGUAGAGCUCAUGAAAAGCUCUUACAUUGUUAUAAAUAGCUAUUCAACAAAUGUUGUCUCCAGUUCGAUUCAUCUUUAUGCUGACGUCAUAGACGUUGAAAAUACUGCAUUCGUUCGUGCAGAUGUAGUGCAGAUUGUAUCUCUAAAGACAAAAAUUGAAUUGGAUGCUAAAUUAAGCCUUGUAGGAGGCGGACAUUACUCCGGCCAAGGGAGUGGCCGUCCGUCUAGUCGCUAUUAUGCUGGUGCCGGCCAUGCUGGUAAAGGUGGAGUUGGGUACCAGACUUGCGACCAAUGCUAUUCGGGUGGUCCUGCUUUGAGUGUUGAUCCUUGUAAGCCAACAUCCAGUGGAAGUAGUGCCGGAGGCCGCGGAGGAGGAGCUUUGAUUCUCAAUGUUUAUCAUAUUCUUGAGCUUGAAGGUACAAUCGUAAGUGACGGUGCUAGUGGCACAUCUGGUCGGGGUGGAGGCAGUGGUGGCAGUAUAUGGAGUGAUGCUGCUGCCUUUGAGGGUCAUGGCUACCUGUACGCUAGGGGUGGCGCAGGGAGUUGCUACACCGCUCGGUACUCAUGUACUGAUAACGGAGGACGCUAUGCAGGAGGAGGAGGUGGUGGACUGAUCAGGUCAUACUCUCCGCUUGUCGUCUCCCCUGACAUUGUGGAUCACAGGUCAGUGUCUGGAGGGGGCCUCACCUGCUUCAGCAAUUUCUGCGGUAAUUUCAACGGUGCCUCUGGUUUAAUGUGUUUGGAAGGAAGUCAUUGCAGCGGAAAUGGCAUAUGGUCACCUACCUUGAGGAAAUGCACAUGUCAUUCAAACUAUCAUGGCUUCAAUUGCGGGUAUUUCUGUAAUCCACUUACCACAUGCUCUGGAAAUGGUCUUUGUACAAACGAAGGAAAAUGCACUUGCAAUAUAGGUUUUGUUGGUCUCAAAUGUGAACAUAGAUGUAAUGCAGUGACCGAUUGCCAUGGCAAUGGUAUUUGCAGUGAUACCGGGGAGUGCAUUUGCAAUCCUUGUUACGAUGGGACAGACUGUAAACGCAAAUGCUCUAGCCAUGGGCAGUGCAUAAGUGGAAUAUGUCAAUGUGAACCAUGUUAUGUUGGGGAGUUCUGCGAUUCAAUGUGUUCUGGGAGAGGCAGUUGCAUUAAUGGAACCUGUACCUGCUUGGAGAAUUGGCGUGGAGAACUUUGCAACACGCCUGGUUGCCCUGGCGUAACCGAUUGUUCUGGACAUGGGAUUUGUAACAGUAGACAUCACAUUUGUUAUUGCGACCCAGGAUGGACAGGUAGGGACUGCAACAGUCCUGAUUGUCCAGGUGAGCCAGAUUGUUAUGCCCGGGGAAUAUGCAUGGAGCAGUUGGGAAAGGCCGUUUGUCUCAAUUGUAGUAGUGGCUGGAUGGGCCCAGGCUGCAAUGAUAUUUGUGUCCAUGGAGUUCAGUCCCCGAUGAAUAGCUGGUUUUGCAAAUGUCAACCAUGUUAUGCUGGGAAGGGUUGCAAUAGCCUUUGUCUUGGAAGAGGAACAUGCAGCGUCAAUGGUCAGUGUGCCUGUGAUCCCCUUAGUGGCUGGAGAGGUAUUCUUUGUGAAAUACCAGGUUGCCCUGGUAUUGGUACAGAUUGCACUGGUCAUGGUGAUUGCAAUGCAGCUACACACACGUGUACGUGUUACGAAGGCUGGACCGGUACUGGCUGCGAAAUACCAGACUGUCCUGGGUCUCCAGACUGCUUUGGUAGGGGAAUUUGCAACGGAACACUUGAUACUCCAAAAUGCCAGCAAUGCAUCGCAGGUUGGAUGGGUCCUGAUUGUAAUCAACCUUGCCUCCAUGGUGUCCAAGUGCCGAUGAACAGUGGACAUUGCGUUUGUGACCAGGGGUGGGUUGGUGUUGGCUGUGAUAGCGAGUGCUCUGAUCACGGCGUUAUCUUAAACGGGAUAUGCCACUGUCACACUGGAUGGAGAGGACAUGCAUGUGAGAACCCAGGAUGCCCAGGCAAUGGCUCUGACUGCACAGGACAUGGCGAUUGUAAUGGUGUCACGCAUGUUUGCACCUGUUAUGCUGGCUGGAUGGGCAAAGGAUGUAGCAUUCCUGAUUGUCCUGGUGUUCCAAAUUGCUUUAACCGUGGUUAUUGCAAUGGAACAUUAGAUACACCAGUGUGCCAAAACUGCAUUAGUGGAUGGAUGGGACCUGCCUGCGGCGAUCCGUGUCUUCAUGGACAGCAAGUGCCAAUGGACAGUGGAAAAUGUGUCUGUGAGCCAGGAUGGGUGGGUGUUGGAUGUAACAGCGAGUGUUCAGAGCACGGGGUCGUUCUGAAUGGGACAUGCCAUUGCCAAGUAGGCUGGAGAGGAACAAACUGUGAACGUCCAGGCUGUCCAGGUAUUGAUGUCGACUGCUCCGGACAUGGUGAAUGUAAUAGUGCCACUCAUGUAUGCUUGUGUGAUAAUGGAUGGACUGGAAAAGGUUGCAGUAUACCUGACUGCCCAGGAAAUCCUGACUGCAGUGCAAGAGGUUUAUGCAACAUUAAUUAUAACCCACCAAAAUGCACGGACUGUAUAAAAGGCUGGAUGGGUGACUCCUGUGAAAUACUCUGUACAAAUGGCACUCAGAGUCCAAUGGAUAGCGGCAUUUGCAAGUGUGAUCCCUGCUUCUCUGGUCGUAGCUGCAAUAGCUUAUGUUCUGGGCAUGGCUCUUGUGGCAAGAGCGGAGCCUGUGUUUGUAACUUCGCAGGUGGCUGGCGUGGUGAACUUUGUGAAAUUCCUGGCUGCCCAGGAAUCGGUGCUGAUUGUUCCGGACAUGGUUUAUGCAAUAGUGAGCUAGCAAUUUGUAGAUGUUAUCCAGGUUGGACAAGCAUCGGUUGUCAUAUUCCAGACUGUCCUGGAAAUCCAGAUUGUUUUGGACGAGGCCAUUGUAAUUCUACUGGUCGUAGUACUCCGGAAUGUACAGAUUGUGUAGCUGGCUGGAUGGGACCAGCUUGUAACGAUCGAUGUAUGUAUGGAGAAAGAAUUUUUCAUCCAAUUGAAAAGAAGUGGCUUUGCAGAUGUGAUUCCUGUCACACGGGAAAAUCUUGCGAUGUUGAGUGCUCUGGAAAUGGUGCUUGUGUUUCUGGCGUCUGCAAAUGUGAGAACACGAAUCGGGAUGCAUGGCAAGGAGAAAAGUGCGAAAUUCCUUCCUGCCCAACUGGAAAGAACGGGGCUGUGUGCAGUGGCAACGGAAUGUGUUCAACGGUGUUGCAAGUUUGCAUGUGUGAGCCUGGCUGGACUGGGGAUGACUGUGGGGAACUUGAUUGUCCAGGAUUCCCAUUAUGUAGCAAUCAUGGAAUAUGCGAAAAUGUAAACCCGCGGGUAUGCCGUUGUGAGCCCGAGUGGACAGGUGCCGCCUGCGAGCUACCAUGUCGUAACGGAAGAAAUUAUGGAAAUGCUUCAGGGUGCAUCUGUGAUCCAUGUUACAGUGGAGAAACCUGUGAUAUCAAAUGCUCUAACAACGGGCAAUGUAAGGAGGGGAAAUGUGUUUGCGAUGCUGAUAAAGGAUUCAAGGGUCAGCUUUGUGAGCUUCCUGGCUGUUCCGGGUGGCCUCUAAAUUGUUACGGGCAUGGGGUAUGCAACAUCGCUACCAAUGAGUGUUCCUGUGAUCCUGGUUGGAUUGGGAGGGAUUGCAAAGAGGCUGACUGUCCAGGCACACCCAACUGCAAUGGAAGGGGAAAAUGUGUUGUGAUUAACGAAACUCCUCGGUGUGAGUGUCAGCACGGCUGGGGAGGAGAUGCUUGUGAGUUCAAAUGUGUGCAUGGCAAUGUUUCAAGUGACGGCACGUGUAACUGCUUUCCUUGUUACAACGGUGCUGCAUGCGACCAGCUUUGUUCGGGUCAUAGUCUGAUAUGUACCAGAGAAAGAAAAUGUGACUGUGGAUUUGAAGGCUGGCGGGGGGACUUUUGUGAGCGAAAAGGUUGUCCUGGCCUUGAGAAAGACUGUUCAGGGCAUGGUGUGUGCUUGCCCACAGGAGCCUGUUCCUGUGACCCAGGAUGGACAGGGCGUGGAUGUGAAGGGAGUGAUUGCCCUGGGGAUCCUGACUGCUCUGGUCGUGGGAUUUGCAUUGUGGCUAGCCCACCCUACUGUUACAAUUGUACCAAUGGCUGGAUCGGCAAAGCCUGUGAGAUUCGCUGCGUACAUGGGAAAGCUGAUCCUAACAACCCAUCAUUUUGCGUGUGCGAUAAAUGUUAUACUGGCAUUAGCUGUGAUCAACUUUGCUCAGGACGGCCAGAUGCUAGAUGUGAAAAUGAUGUAUGCAGAUGUGGCUUCGAUGGUUGGAGAGGGCCGUUUUGUGAGAGAUUUGGUUGCCCAGGAGCAAAUGAGUUAGAUUGCUCGGGACAUGGCACUUGCAACAGUGCAACUCAUCAGUGCGACUGUGACCCAGGCUACACGGGGAUUGGCUGUCAGAACUUCACUUGUCCUGGCACACCGAUUUGCAACAAUCACGGAGUUUGUAGCUCUGUGGAUCCAACAAGAUGUGACUGUGACUUGGGCUGGAUGGGAGUCGCUUGCGAAGAAAAAUGCUUGAAUGGAACCGGGCGUAUAAGAUCUGACAGCACAGCUGUUUGUGACUGUGAUAAAUGUUACACAGGAGCCGCGUGUGACAAAGAAUGUUCAGGGCACGGCACCUGCCGAAAUGGCACUUGCACCUGUGGCUUUGAAGGCUGGAGAGGAAUCAAUUGUGAUGUCAAAGGAUGCCCUGGCUGGGGUACCGACUGCAGCGGACAUGGCGACUGCAUUCCCUCAACAGGGCAGUGUAUUUGCCGAUCAGGAUGGCGUGGAUUAGGAUGUGAAAUCCCACACUGUCCUGGUGGUGGGAAUUGUAGUAACCAUGGCGUUUGUGAUGGCAUUAAUUUCGAUCCACCUAAGUGUGUAAGCUGUUAUGUUGGAUAUAUGGGACGUGGUUGUGAAUUGAAGUGUGUCCACGGAAAUGUCAGUACGUCAUUAGAUAGUUCAGGUGGAGAAAUUGUGUACAGGUGUGUCUGCAACAAGUGUUACAGUGGAAUUGCCUGCGAUGAAGAAUGCAGUUUGCAUGGAAACUGCAGUAAUGGAGCUUGUACGUGCGCAGUUGGAUGGAGAGGUGACGUUUGCGGUAUAAAGGGGUGUCCAGGUAGAGAGCUAGAUUGCUCUGGGAAAGGAGUGUGCUUAAUAUCAUCGGGUCAAUGUGUAUGUUAUAAUGGAUGGAAAGGAACUGGAUGUGAGACCCCAGACUGCCCAGGCACGCCAGACUGUAACAAUCUUGGCAUCUGUGAUGGAUCUGUAGACCCUCCUGUUUGCAUAAAUUGCACGAAUGGGACAAUGGGAACUGCAUGCAAUCAACCUUGUUUGUAUGGGUCAGAAGACAUGAGUAGGCGGGGGCUAUGUAUUUGCAAUUCUUGCUAUGAAGGGUUUUCUUGUGAUAUUCUUUGUGGUGGUAACGGAAUAUGCUUAAGCGGUACUUGUAAAUGUGGCCAAGGAUGGAAGGGCAAGUUUUGCAGGGUUGUUGACUGCCCUGGUGAACCGGACUGCUCGGGCCGAGGGGCCUGUAUUUCAGUGCCAAAUAGCUUGCCAGUGUGCUCUUGUAAUUCUGGGUUUAGUGGUGCAAAUUGCUCUCAACUUGUUUGUCCGGGAGAACCAGCUUGUAGCGAUCGUGGGAAAUGCGUAUUAAGCAACAACAGGCCAACAUGCCUCUGCGAUCAUGGGUUCGACGGAGAUUCUUGCCAGCGAUGUAAGAUGAACUUUGCAGAACCACUUUGUGACAAGUGUAAUGACAACUACAUUGGCUUCAAAACUGACUGCAGUGUUAGGUGUGUUCAUGGAUCUGCAAGCACCCUUGGUGGAAAAGUUUGUGUUUGUCAUAAUAACAAUGCUUUUGGACACUGGAAUGGUACAACAUGCGAAAGUUGCUCUGCUGGCUACGCUUUGCCGUCCUGCACAAAUUGCGAUGCAAAACACGCUGGCGAGAAUUGCACUGUAGAUUGCGUGAGAGCCAAUGCAAAAUACAAAGACCCUUUUGAUAAGGAAUCGCCGAUAAAACUACCAAUUUUACCUCAAGUGAACUGUUUUUAUACUGACAACGAAAACGCAACAAUAUUCUGGCUAGGUUAUGAAAACCGAAAUCCAGUCAACAUUUAUUUGCAGAAUGGAUCAGGAAAUGGUAUGUUUUGGCUGCCUUCGCCGUACUUGCUUCCAGGUGGUGAAGUUGGCAGUGUCAUGGGAUACUUUCUUAACUCAACGAUGAGGUUUGAAAACAUGAGUCAGCCGGCAAAGUUCAAACCAGGAAAGCAUUCAAUGGCAUUCAAAAUUCGAUACAAAGAAAAUCCCGAUCUUCUUGCCUGGACACUGUCCUACCCACCAUCAGGUCAGAGAAGCACGGUGGUUCUCAGAAGCUCAAAUCUCACUACAUGUUCGAAUAUCACUGCUGCUUUGAGCAAGGAUGAAAAGGAAUGUGUUUGCAAUUAUGGUCAUUGGGGGAAAACAUGCUCUAAUGUGUGUCCUGGCGGAGCAUUGCUUCCAUGUUAUAAUCACGGGUAUUGUAAUGCUACCACCGGGAGCUGUAAAUGUGACCCAAGAUGGCGUGGUGACAGCCAUUGCCAAACAUGCACACCUGGAUGGUUUGGCGCCAACUGCGCAAUUUUCGCAGGAAGCAAGCAUUCUAGCAACAGAACGAACUUCACUGCUCGUGCAUCCAGCCUUGGUAUCUGCUACACAUUUAGUGGUCUUGUGUUCUUUAAUGCAAUUAAGGGCACACAGUACUUGAUGUACAAUCUUUUUAAAGACUUUUUUCUACAAGCAAGCUAUAUACCUUGUCAAAAACAUUACAUCUGCAUCCACGCCGUUGCUAUUAAGCAUGCAGGUUCAUCUGUUAUUGUACAGGCCCCAAAGAGGGAACAUGAGCUCAUGACUGUUUUUGUUAAUAAUCAAAUAAUGACGAAAUUAUAUGUGACAUUAACCAAACACCGCACAUUUCCAAUUACUGUAAAGAGAAUCUCUAGGCUGCGAGUCAUGGUUGGUAUUGGAACUGAAGGUACCGUUGAAGUAUUCUUGUAUUCAAGAUAUCUGACAAUAUCGUGUAGCUUUUCUGCCUACGAUUAUUGCUAUAAUAGCAGUGGCCUGCUAGGUUCCUGUGACAAUUUUGUGCCAGACAAUUUCAACAGGACGUUCCGGAGACGAUCUAGCAGUAUGUUGAAGAAUAAUACAACACCAGACUUAUCGAAUGUUAACAAGGAAUUCAUGCAAAAUUUCUCAAAGUCGUGGCUUGUAAGACCUAAUGAAAACCUGCUGAAUGUCACAGAGCUAGACUUCAGCAAAGUAUUUCAUGCACUGCGAAUAAACAACACAAUUCUGAAUACAAGGGAGCUUUUCUCAUUUGCUGGGGAAGAGUUUACAAUUGAAACAUUUGUGAGAAUCUUAGAACCCGGUGUCAUCUGGACGUAUUCGAUGCAGAGACUUUUUGGUAUUGCAGUGAAUAACACAGUGAUAAUAUUUCAAAAUCAAAGGAUGAUUGAUACUGGUCUUACUAUAAAGUUAAACGAUUGGUAUAAAAUAACUAUCAUCUUUCAGGCGUCUACAAAAUUCCUGCAAGUUUACGUUGUUAAGAUGAACGGGGUUUUUAGCAUUCGAACGUUUUCGAAUGUUUUUGUCAAAGAAACUUUCUACCCUGGUGGGGUGCUCACACUUGGGGCCAAGCCCAUCCACGUGUCUGGUAAGCUAUCUGUCAAAGGUUUUAUUGGGGACGUGUUUCAGCUAAGAAUUUGGGAUAAAGCUUUGUCAACUGACGAGAUCCGCACGCAGGUGUCGUCUUUUGUUCCAUGUACCUCUAGUGGUCUCGCUAUGAUGUGGAGAUUUGAGCAGAUUGAGGAACCCUUCAUUGUAGACUGCGUAUCGAGGAUCAAGAUUGCGAUAGUAGCCGGAUCAAUGUCUUGGCCUGCUGUUAUUUUGAACAAUGUUUACAACAUGAAAGAUUUUGCAGAGAUUUUUAACCAGGCAGAGAAAUUAAGUGCAUUGGAAGUGGCAUGCAGAAAAAUCUUUGAAAUUAAAUACACUUGUAGAAAUUUGAAUAAUGAUGCAAGUGAUUUGUUCACAACGAUGUGUAUAAGGGAGCUCUGGGAGACUGAUGUAGCUGACUACCCACGUCAUACAGCAGCUGUAUACAAUGUGUUUUGCUCUAAAAGUGAGGGAGAAUCAAGGCAGAGAUUUUGCUACUAUCUAUCUUUAGCAGAUAGAGAAUGGUCUGGUGCCAACUGCAGCAAGCCAUGCCUAUUUGGACAGUUUGAUUCGAACGAUCAUUGUAUUUGCACAGACAAUUUUUAUGGAGCAUCUUGUGCAAAUGAGUGUCCUGGUGGGUUCUUCAACUCUUGUUAUGGGCAAGGGAAAUGUAAUAAACAAACAGGAGAAUGUGGCUGUCAAAUAAACUUCGAACGGUCUGACUGUAAUAAAUGUGCCAGAAACUGGACAUUUAGCGAUUGUGCAAUGGUGAGAAGAGCAGAUAGUCCCCACUUUAAACGAUAUACAUGUCAGUUAUUCAAGCAGAACUUUGUUGGCUUUUCAGCAACUGCAUUCUUUUUUAAUUCGUUCGGAGAAUUCUACUUGAUCAAAUUAGAUGGUAUAGAAUUACAAGGAAGAUUUAUUCCAUGUGCAGCUUCACCCCUCUGUCUUCAUGCAGUUGGUCUUCGAGUUGACGAAGACAAUGUAACUAUUUACAACCCGAAUAUUACAGGAAACGACAGAUUUGUAUGGCACAAUUCUCUACCAAUAACUGUAAAUAGUAUCAAGAAAAUCAAUAUAAACUUACAUAUUAUCCCCAUUUCUAUUUCUAAAUUCAAGCUUGCAGUCCUUGGACCUAAGCCUAUGAAUGUCACGAUAAUGUUCCUUCCUACAGAUAUCAUUCUAACAAUCACCUCGUUUACCUGUAAAAUGAUGAAUGGACUGUGCGGGUCAUGCGAUACAUAUAGUGGCUUUGAUUUUAGUAGCAAUCGAUCGCACGAGUUUCUUACAAGGGUAAUGGAGAAUGAAAGGGUCAACCGUUCAUCCAGGAGUCUAUUUGUCUAUCAGAGAUUGCCCUUGUUAGAGGAAAGAGCUGUCUCAGAAUUUCAGCACACGAUUUUUUUGAAUGGCUCUGGUAUAAGCUCAGGUGAAAUAAGAAAUUUAUUCCAUCAUUCAGCAGACUUUACAAUUGAGAUUUUCGUAAAACUUUCGUCAAAGAGAGGAACACUUCUGUCGUAUUCGAAUGAAGAAACUAUUGGCAUUGUUGUAGCUGAAACUUUCAAAAUAUAUAAAGGUACGGAAGUAAUUGACUGUCAGAUCAAACCGAAGCUCCAUACCUGGGUAAGAUUAGUAAUGACAUUUGAUGCCAAUAAUUACCUACUUUCAUUCUUUCAAUUCACUUCCCAGUAUACGUAUGAGAUGCACACAACAGUCUUGAAACAGCCACUUUUUGGUUCCAAAGGACAUUUGUUACUCGGAUAUUGGCAAGCAAAAAGAGCCCGCCCGGAUGCGGACCAGCUUGCCUUAUUUGUUGGUAGCAUUGAUGAGCUAAGAAUUUGGAACAAGCGUUUGCAUCAGUUCCAGUUGAUGUUCUUGCAUAAGCCAAGGAUCAAGUAUUCGAAGAGCCUAAGAGCGUACUGGGAAUUUAACGAGGCUCAUGGAAGGGAGGUUGUGGACCACAUAUCUCGUAUCAUUUUGUACAUACCAAAUUUAAUCAACCCAUUAUAUUUGUGGCGAUUUUCAGAUCAAAAGAGGUACUUGGAGCAUUUGAAAUCGAAAGUUGAACUAUCUAAUCAAACACUGAGAAGUGCAGUUGAUUCUCUUUGCAGUUCUAUGAUAUAUCAUCAAGAUUUAGAAGCACGUUGCGGCAAAUAUGUUGGAAAGGCGUUCGUUGACUUUUACUUUAUGAGCUGCUUAGAGAAUGGUUAUCAUAAAGACUCCAUCGAUGGACCAUACAGCAGUGUCCUGGGAUAUAUUAGCUAUUGUCAGUCGGCUGUUGAUUUACGUCUUUGGCCUAGUUCGAAACUAUGUGACCUUCUUCCUAAAAAGUAUUACUCGUCAAUAGAUGCUAUCAAUUGUGCGAUAAAAUGUGUCUUUGGAAAGAUAAAUCACGAAUCAGCCAGCUGUAUUUGUAACAAGGGCUACUGGGGCACCGACUGCUCGAAACUGUGCCCUGGUGGGAACAACAAUGUUUGCUCUGGAAAGGGGGACUGCAAUGUUACAACAGGGAUGUGCGAUUGUCAAGAAACAUGGAGAGGAAAUGCAAAUUGUUCCGCAUGUACACCCGGAUGGACAGGGACAGAAUGCCAGACAGUGAUAGCUCCUGAACCAUCUACGUCAGUGUGCCUUGCUAUGGCCGGGGGUCACUUUGUAACCUUAAAUACUAUUCACACGACGUUCUACGGUCAGGGGGAAUUUUAUUUACUUGGAGGAACGUCUGAUGACGUCAGAAUUCAUUUACAUCAAGUACCGUGUCUUGAUGACACGACUAGGUGCAUUAAAGGUGUUGGAUUAAAGACAUUGAAAGAUUUCAUCAAAGUGGUAGCUCGGGAAGAUGAAAAUAAGAGUCCAGAAGUCUUUAUAAAUGAAGUCAAAAUAAAGAUGGCAAGCAAAAAGUACGAAGUGGGACCUUUAUUUGUUCUUAGACGGGAGAAUUCCUUGUACGACCUACUGCUCGAUAGCAACAAAAGAGACAGCUUGCGCCUUACAAUACGACAAAUAGGAAUCGAAUUAAUAGUUACACUGAAAGCUACUGGCAAAUAUUGCAACAUGUCGAACUCACUGUGCAGCACUUGCUUCGAGACUGGGCGUGCAUUAUUUGCGUUGUCUCAUCAAAAGAUUGAGAAUAUGGUAAGAGUACCAGCAGAUAAAUUUUUACUCGUCAACAGCAUGCACGAAACGGCAAAAUUUCAAUUGAUGUUUCAAGGCAUUGGUGUCUCAACCAACGUAUUACCAAUGCUUUAUUUUAAUAAGGAUUUGACAAUUGAAAUAAAGUUUACAGCUAACGAAAUCUCAAGCAAAAAGUCUACAUUGUUCUCUUUAAGUGGCAGGAACAGUUUUGGAUUGAUUAUUCAGCAAACUUUGAAGCUGGCUGUGUUCAGAACAAUUUAUGACACGGGAUACAAAGUAGAAAAGCAUGUAAGCAACCAAGUAACCAUGGUUUACAGUAAAAGCGAUAAAAAGAUUACUGUCUAUUACAUCAACAGCAAAAAAGUUAUCUGGCAGUACGUUUUGCAGGUGUCCCCCUGGUUUUCAUUUUUUGAUCCAAUGAGUACCCUUGUCGUGUCGGAGUGGGUGUCUGGAUAUCGCGACAGGCUAUUUUAUCCUGCUCCUGGCUUCCAGGGAGUUAUAAAAGAAAUGAGAAUUUGGAGACAUGCUUACAGUUUUGUGGAUAUACAACGGCUUCUUGAGAGAAAAGUGUCAGCAGCAGAUCCAAAUAUUUUGAGCUUGUGGAAUUUUGACGAAGGUAAUGGGGGCAUUGUGCGGGAUAUAGUCAGUGGAGUAGAUCUUUUCAUACCGCCUGUUCCACGUGGACCUUCCUGGGCGAGGUUGACAAUUAAUAAGAACGCCAUUCCAAUAGGAAACGAUGUGCCCUUUGCUAAUUGGAACUUGAAGAGAAAAGCGAUUGACUGGUGUCACGUUAAGAUAUUUGCAUCACCUCUGUACUUGAAGUGUAAUGCCCUUGGGAGACCAAGCCUCAGCUUCUUCUACGUUGCCUGCUUGAGAAUGGUAUCAAAUGGUCAGCAAAUUGACUUUGGCGUCAAAGCGAUCCUUGGAACAGCUGACUAUUGUCAUGCAGCUCUUUCAACUUCAGUGUGGCCAGCAUGGCAAUUCUGCAAUUUGUUUACAGUAUCCUGGGCCACUCAGCCACUCACUGUUUGGUACGGUGUUGACUGCACGCGAAUAUGUUACUUUGGCAAAGUUCAUACUGGCGCUUGCAGAUGUUCCAAAGGAUUCUGGGGAGAGCAAUGCAAUGACGUAUGUCCUGGUGGUUUAAUCAACACUUGCAAUAACAGAGGGGUAUGUAUUAAACCCAAUGGUGAAUGCAUCUGUGAUGCAAACUGGCGUGGUUCGAAAAAUUGUACUCAAUGCUCUCUUGGAUUUACUGGCAUCGACUGCUCUUUGUCUAUUGUAACACACAAAGAAACAGAAUUACAUUCUUCUGCUGUAUUCGGUGAAGGGUUUACUCGAACAUUCGAUGGGGCACGCGUGAGGCUCAACAGCACAGGUGAAUUUUUAAUGUAUAGGUCUAGCGAUGCCAAGGUUGAAGCCCAGACAAGAAUGGUAAGACGAAGACGAUCUGUUGUUUUGGAUGCAGCUGCAGUGCGUGUAGGUAAUGAGUCUGUUGCAUUGGUGUCGAAGCCAGAUGGAAAUGUGAGUGUGGCAUUGAACGGGGAAGAAAUCGAUGAAAACAGAAGCGUCAAUUUCACUGCAUUGGGAUAUCAAUACGAGCGAAAGACGCACGAUUCUUUUGCAGUAAGCGGGCCAGGCGGAAUUUUUAUUACUAUUUAUCGUAGGAACUCUUCACUUGAUCUUGAGUUAACCAUGUCAAGAAACUAUUGCAGUGGUGCGAUCGGGGUGCUGGGAACAUGCAAUUUAACUGAUGUCUCUGGAAAUGGAAUCAUGCUGCAGUACAAUGCAACGUCAUUUACAGAGUCCGAUUUGGCAAAUUACACCAUGAAAUGGGGUGUCCCUCCAAAAGAUAGUUUGAUACAGCCGGCUUUAAAUGCCACAAGUCGUCCCAGCUUCAUAACAUUUGCAGGUAGCUGCAUCUAUCUUGAUGUUGUUGGUAUUGUGACGUCACCUUUGACCAAUGUCUUCAAAAGCAGCUAUAUCAGCUUACAAAUCAUGUUCAAAGUGAGGGACGCACACAAAGGCAGUUCUUUGUUAUCCUUGGGUCGGAAUAAAACAUUGUCAGUAGUUAUUAAUGGUACAUUGCUUAUUCAUUAUCAAAACAAAAGAAUAGACACUGAAAUACUGGUGGAAUCAGGCAAAUGGCUACAACUCAGUUUAGUGUACCAAAAAAUGAACAAAGUAAUGCAAGUCUUCAUUUGUAGCAGUACUACAUUAAUCCGACAAACAGUUUUCACUGUGAAUGACAACGAUUGGUUCGAAGAGGGAAGCAGACUUGGCAUUGGUCUAUGGAUUGCGUCACUUGGUUCUCCUGUAGAUUUAAGACUUUCAAAUUUUGUCGGCUGGGUAGAUGAUGUUCGAAUCUGGACGAAAAGGCUUGAUGCUAUCACAAUACAGGCAUUGUGGGGAAAAGAUAUAAGUGAAUCAGAAAGCAAGCUAGCAGCUAUUUGGAAGUUUAACGAAGCAUCGGGCUCGACGGUGAAAGAUGGAAUUGGUCAGAAUGACAUUUUCUUGACAGAAAAGGAUUCCCUUAGUCUCCAGUGGGUUGCUGCUGAUUAUCAAACCUCUGCCUCGACUGUUUACACAAGUGCAGCGAAACUAUCAGAGAGGCGAGCAGCGGCACAGAGCCACUGUUCAGGUGUCAUCUACUCUGAAACGAUGAACAAAAGCUGUUUGAGCAUUGUGGGAGAGGGAGUAGGUUUCUAUUUGGCCUCGUGUGUAGAGGAAUUCACAUCGUCACAAGCUGAUGAUGUACUACACGAGACAUUAUUGGCCUAUUCAGUUGAAUGCAAAACCGUUGCAAACUUAUUUGAAGAUCCAGGAAGGGUUUUGUGCAACAUGUUGCCUGGAGGGCAUUUCAGUAAUUGGUAUGGGAAAAAUUGUAGUAAAAGGUGUAUAUAUGGGACGGUUAAUAAGCUCAAUGAGUCCUGCAGUUGUGAUCGAGGGUAUUGGGGAGUACGCUGUGACAAAACGUGUCCUGGGGGUGCUACCGAUCCCUGCCAUGGAAAUGGAAUUUGCGAUGUCAAAACUGGUUCAUGUCUUUGUGAUGCUAAUUUCAACGGAAGUUACGCAUGUGACAAGUGCUCAAAUGGUUGGUUUGGCAGCAAUUGCAAAUAUGUCGUUGAAAAGGCGCCAGCUUAUAUCAAUCCGUUUUGCGUUGUGGAUGAAACAGGAGAGUACUUUGCUUUUGAUAGGUUACGAUUUGACAUUAGCAAAGCCGGGCGAUAUAUUUUAAUGAAUGAUAACAACAUGACAGUUUAUGUGGAUCAUGUAUUCUGUUACAAACAGUCGCUUUGUGUCAAUUAUGUUUACAUACAAGAAAAUGAUUUGAUGAUAGCCUUUGGAUUACUGAAAGAAAAGAAGCUGACACUUAAGGUUGGUAGCGCUAUCAUAACUGACUUAAAACCAGAAGGAAUGGUAAUAAACGGAACAUGGAGCAUACUGAUGACAGAUCAAGCGACUUACAGAAUACAAGUUAGAGAUUCAAUAAGCUUGCAAGUGAAAUUGGUAAAGAAUUUCCUUAACGUUCGUUUAAUUUCACUGAACCUUAGGUGCGUCUACUAUUCAGGAGUCUGUGGAGCGUGUAUAUCCACCCCAGAUUUAUCCGAAACAAGGUUCAAACCAUUUGGUACAGUUCGUUUUACAAACUAUGCCUUGCACAGUCUUUAUUUUGAAGAAGCAACAAUCUACUCGGAGAAGCUUUUUUUCAUUGGAGGCCCAUCAAUAACAUUUGAUUUCUUGGUAAAAUCUUGUGCUCCAGUUGUUUGUGGUGGACCAAUAGUGACGUAUUCGAGCAAAGUCUCGUUCAGUAUCAGCAAUUACAUCUCAAUUAGGAUUUAUAUUGGGUCAGAAAUUUACGACACUGGACUAAGUACUGAAAAAGACAAAUGGAGCCAAGUGUUUGUUUCAUUAUCAGAGAUUGACUUGAAGAUGGACGUUUAUGUAAUUUCAAGUUCAUUCGUUGUGUCGUAUAGAACAUUCAAACUCCGCUCAUAUCCAAUUGCGAAUGGAGGAAUACUAGCUGUAGGCAGUUGGAUGCCAUCGCAAAAGAAAACAAGCCUGCAACCAGAAGAUUCUUUUAAAGGAGAAAUUGAUGAACUGAGGCUUUGGAGUCGCCAAUUUGACUUUGCUUCCAUUAAAAAGUAUGCAUUUUUUAAUCCAUCAUUCAGAAUUCCACAAUUGGCAGCUGCGUGGAAGUUUGAUGAAGAGGCAGGUAAUUUUACCUUCGAUUUGGUUAAUGGCAUCAGACUGAGACUGCCUUUAUAUCCAUGGAAGAAACCGAUCUGGAAAUUUUCCGAUGCUCCGUUGUUACAUCCAAGUAGUAGAGGAGCUGUAGACGAUUCAAGUAUUAGGAAAAAAGGCUUAAUAUUUUGUACAGAUGUGUUACUCAAAGGGCCAAUGGGCCUUGCCUGCAGCCUGAUUAACGAGGACGAAAAACAAUUUUAUUUGAAGCAGUGUCUAAGUGUUAUAAUAAGAACAAGGCAAGUUUCUUCAGCACUGUCAACAGCAAUUCACUAUGCCGAUCAUUGUCAGGCUAUUUUAAAGCUAAAAAAAUGGCCAGCACAACUUUUAUGUAACAGGUUUUCUGGCAGACGCUUUCCAAAUUGGAUCGGAGAUGACUGUUCCAUGCAAUGUGUCCAUGGAAGUAAGGAUGAAUCUGACGCCAACCGAUGCGUUUGUGAUUUUGGCUUCUGGGGUACGUCUUGCAACGAAACCUGCCCUGGAGGAUUUUUACAUCCCUGCUCUGACCAUGGCAUAUGUGAUGUUGAGCUAGGUAAUUGUUUCUGUGAGCCUAGUUGGCAGGGAGAUUCGAACUGCUCGCGUUGUUCCGUUGGCCUCGCAGGUAAAGACUGUGACCUUGUCGAUGUUGGACUCGCCGUCAAUAUCAGUGCAAAUAUUGCACAGGUUGGUUUUCAAGGUGCAGUUGUAAUGUUUGGGCAAAUCGGAUUCACGCUAAGAAAGAGAGGAGAAUACAUCUUGUUGUUUUCGUCAAAGUUCAAGGUUUCUCUUCACGCUCGAUUCAUCCCAUGCUUUAGUGACUCUGUAUGUCUUGUCGCAGUCUCUGCCAAAGUAAAAAAUCAUCACGUAGUUAUCAGAGCACCGCUUACUAAUUCAGGAAACCUGUUAAUUUGGCUGAAUGGCAAAAUGCGUGACAUUUAUCAGCAACCUGUCUUGCAUGAGGAAUUUGGCUUCACUUUAUCUCAAAAGCUGAGGAUGACAUUCGAAUUGAAAAUGCCGCUCGGACUGGUGACUUUUACUAUAUCUGGAAAAUACAUGACUUUGCAGAUCAACAUCAACAGUGAUGUCUGCCGUACAACUGUAGGCCUUUUGGGCCACUGCGGCCAGUCAAGAGAAGAAGUUUUUGGACGUCAUGUCACCUUUGGAAACUGCAUGGCGGGAAAUUUCACCAAAGAGACGGUAAUCACUGGCAAGCCAAUUGGCCUUGAGUUGGUGACCAGCAUUGGGCUAGGCCAAUACCUAACACAGUUUGUAUUGAAGGAAUGUGACAGUUUAUUUGUUUUUGUAUAUAAUGGAAUAGUUGAGUUCAGAGAAGGGAACGCUGGAUAUGCUUUGUGGAUAAAUGGAACAGCUUUAACUGUUAUGAACUGUACUUCAAUUGGGAUGAGUGACUUCUUAACCAUUGAUUUCAUGGUUAACGUAGUGAAGCAAGGGACAAUAUUAUCCUGCGGAUAUGAAACUAUGUUCUUGUUGGCAGUAGAAGACAGCACAAUUUACGUUGCAGUCAACAAUAUCAAGUAUAGUCUAACCCUUGGCAUUGAAAUGAACGCAUGGAAUCAGAUAAUUUUGCAAUGGGACAGAAACCAACGCCUGCUAAGUGUUUCUGUUAUUUACGUUAACGGAACUUUAGCCCGGGGUGAGAUAGUUGCUAAUGCAGAGUUGUUCACAAAAUCGAGCAUACUAGCAUUUGGACAAUGGCAGCCAGCAAUGAACGAAAGUAACCUCCAUCCAAAUGGAACCUUCCUUGGAUAUAUAGAUGAACUUAAGAUCUGGUCACGGCUGUUCAGUCCGGCCUUGAUUUGGCAGCUGAAAUCAAGGAAAGUGAAAAUUGACUCAGACGGUCUUUUAUUCCUUUUUGAGCUAAAUGAAGGUGAAGGAUCAAAGUUUAUAGACAAACGCUCAGGUCAUAUUCAGAAUCUCGUGGAAAGCCCCUGGAAAAGACCAGAUUGGGUGUUUUCUAAUCUUGUAUUGACAAAACAGCCGCGCACCAGAACAAGAGAGGAAAUUGAAAGAAAUACUAGAGAGUCUGUAACAACUCUAAGUACCUGCGAAAAGUUGAUUAAAUCCGACACUCUUUCGCGGUUAUGCCACGGAGUAGGAAAAGGACGGAUAACAUCAUACCUUAAAUCUUGUUAUGAAAUUGUCUUAGAGACAAGAAAAGUAGCAGAGGGACUCAAGAUCAUCGUAAUGUAUGCCGAUUACUGUAUGUACGCAUUGAAUCUUACAGUUUGGCCAGCACAUGGUCUCUGCAGACAGUUUGCUAAGUCGCAAAUGCCAAUGUAUAUGUAUGAUAAAUGCAACAAGGUCUGUUUGUACGGGGCAGAAUCAGGUAAUGGUACAUGUGAGUGUUUCAAAGGAUAUUGGGGAUCUAACUGUAGCUUUAUAUGUCCAGGUGGUGCGUUGAAUCCAUGCAACAACAACGGUCAAUGCAAUCAAGAAAGCGGAUAUUGUGAAUGUUAUGUUAACUGGAAUGGCUCUACAGACUGUGGCAGUUGCAGUGUUGGCUGGUCUGGAUCAGAUUGCUCGCUUGCACUCAUAUCGAACAUAAGCUACACAAGACAGUUCUUUGUUUCUGGUGGAAUUCUCGGACUAUUUGGUGGAGCAACUAUCGAAUUUAGCUACACUGGAAGGUUUCUUUUGCUAAAACAUACAAGCAUGCACAGUAGUAUUGAGGUAUUUCAAAUGCCAUGCCAGCAGUUCAAGAUGUGCAUAAAGGCUGUUGCAAUAAAGUUAGAAUCAAGGGUUUUAGUAUUGACUGUAGCGCUGAACAAUAGCCCGCUUAAAGUAUUUCUUGAUAAUCAUUUAAUUUCUCUUUCAAGUGCUUUAUUUACAAUUAAAGGUAGCAACAGCUCAAUGGAUGUCCAGUACCUUGCAUCUUUGGAAAUCUCAGUUAGAAUCAGAGAAAGCUUUAGCAUUCGGAUACGAUUUUUUGAGCAAGAAAUUUCACUGUCUGUUGGCUUGACAGGCCUAAGCUGCAACUCACUCCAAGGAAUGAUGGCAUAUUGCGCUAUUAAUGCACGGAACACCACCUCAGCUAUGGUUGCAAAGGAUCUUUACAGGCAGUUCGCUCUUUCUGAGAAAAUUUCAGAUAUACCUACUUCGAUAAUACCAAACAAUGAACAUAAAGAAGGAGAGUAUGCAUUGUACUUCAAUAAUACUAUGGCCGUUACCUCAACGCUGUGCAAGUCUGUUGUGGAAAAUAGCGAUCUGACUGUUGAGCUGCUGCUUAAACCAUAUACCAACAAUGGCGUGCUGCUGUCGUACGCAAAGGGAACUGUCAUAGGCCUCUUCAUGAAAAAGACAUUUAAACUGAACGUCGACACUCGUGUGUUUGAUACUGGUAUAAACAUUGCUCUUGGUCACUGGUUUUAUAUUGCCAUAGUUUGGAACCAGCAACUAUAUCGCUUAGAGGUCUUUAUAAAGAAAAACGACAAUCCUGUGCAGCGGCGUACGUUUUAUAUUCCAUUCAAGCUCAUUUCUCGUUGUGGUUUUCUGUCCCUUGGCAACUGGUUGCCAUCAUAUGCGAUGCUGCCUCCGCCUGUCUCUGGUGCAGCCAUCUUUACUUUAGAUGAAAUAAGAAUAUGGAAUAAAGUUUUCGAUGCAGUUACAAUUCAGCAGAAUUUCAAAUUGAAUGUGAUUAGCUCGUACCAAUCGUUAACGGGCUUAUGGAAGUUCAAUGAAGGAAACGGUCACAUUGCGGAAAAUUUGAUAACAAAUGAGCAUCUGUAUUUGCCGUGGAAAUUUGCAGAAAGGCCGCAAUGGGUAAUGUCUAGCAUCAAACUUGAAUCCGUUAUCCAAUCUCUGGUUCGUCCUCCUAAUAUUGUAAGUAGAGACUUAUCAAUUGUAGCACGAUUUUGCAAGUCUUUGUUCUACAGUGGACCAUUGCUCAGAAAUUGUCCAGGUGUUGACAGUCUUAGAGAUUUAUCAUUUUCAAGCUGUAUCAGAGACGUUACUUCAAACAAAAAUAACAAGAGCCUUGCUGUUCUAUCUGUUGUCAAUUUUGCAGAUCAGUGUCAGGUUCUGCUUAGUUUGUCUUACUGGCCUGCCAGACCUCUAUGUACCAUCUUUAGUGGACAAAGAUUUCCGUAUUGGAUAGGAGAUUAUUGCGAGAUGCCAUGCAUUUUCGGACAUGCUAAGCUUGAUAACAGAAGCCAAUGUGUUUGUGAUUCAGGAUUUUGGGGAAAGAACUGCACAGAAGAGUGUCCAGGCGGAGCAGCGAACCCGUGCAGCAGAAAUGGAGCUUGUGACAAAAGAACUGGAACUUGUGAAUGUGAGGCAAACUGGAACGGAGACUCGAACUGUUCAACGUGCAAGAAAGGAUGGAGCGGGGAGUUUUGUGAUAUUGUCAACGCUGAUGAAAAUUACAUGUCAUGCGCUUUUAUGCCAGGGGGCAAUGUUGUGACCCUCAACGGGACUUCUAGACGAGUUUUGAAUACUGGUGAAUUUCACUUGCUGAAAAUGAAGGAAAGAAAUGUGACAAUAAAUGUUCUUCAAGAGAGGUGUAACAGCGAUUUGAUAUUAUGUGCAACAGCACUGUCUUUGCAAGUUAAAAGUAACACAAUAAAAGUUUUUGCCAGCUUGAAUGGUAAAUUGGAACCUGAAAUCUAUGUAAACGAUGUUCAAACAUCUUUAGCUACCCGGUUGAAACGUAUUGAUGGGAUAUCAAUUUAUCUGGAGAGCAGCAAUAGGGUCAAACUAUCGCUCAUAGCGUUGAUGGAAAUUAAUAUUCGGCUAAUGCUUGGUGAGCUAUCGAUUCAAGUGAAGGUCGAGGACGGGCUGUGUCGUGGGUCUCAGUCAAUAUGUGGAUCUUGUCAUGCGGACAUUGAUAGCAACUACACAAAUAAGUAUGCAGUCUUUGCCAAUAGAAUCAUGGUCAGUCAUAGGAAUCUUGUUCUUUCAAAAGACAAAUCUUUGACUAAUAAAUCCAGAUUCGUCUUUUCUGGUGUAGGACUAUCAACGAAUGUUCUAACCGAUGUUUAUAUGAAUAAAAACUUGAGCAUUGACAUUCGCUUUACACCUGAUUCGCGAGCUCUGCAGAAUUCAACUCUGAUUUGCUUCAGCAAGGACGAUUCCUUUGCCAUCAUCGUAAGGAAAACUCUUCAUGUAGUUGUUUCAACGGCCAUUCAUGACACAGGAUUCGUUGUAAAUGUUAACUUAACAAAUCAAGUUAGUAUAGUGUAUGAGUAUAUAACAAGGAAAAUGGUCAUAUAUUUCACUAAUGCCGCCGGACUGACUUGGUUUUACCGACUACAACUGCCAUACAAUACGGUUCUACUUGGGCGUUUCGGUGUACUAAGCAUUGGCCAAUGGAUUUCAAGCAAAGAGACGAAACACUUUUUGCCUGCCAGUAGCUAUUCGGGCACCAUCGACACUGUUCGUAUCUGGCAGAGACUAUAUAGCUAUCUUGAAGUUAGGGCCUUGUUUUACAGUCAAAUUGACUUAAAUGACCCAGAUCUAGUGAGCAGUUGGGACUUCAAUGAAGGAUCUGGGAAUGUUGUUUAUGAUCCAGUGUCUAAAAUUGAUUUGUAUUUUCCCGCUGAUUCGAAAGCUCCAAAGUGGAUUAGAUCGACAGUAAGCAAGGGAUCAUCGAUCCAGUUUGAAAAUUUGGAAUUUCCAUCAAAAGUUUUUGAGAAAAAAGCAAAGGAACUCUGCAAUUGGUUGAUGUUCGGGUCUGAUUUAUCCCGGAACUGUGUCAAACUUGGAAAACCAAGGAUUGGAUUCUUUUUCAUGAUGUGUCUACGACUCAUUGCAAAAGGAAGGUCGUUAGAUGUUGGAUUUAAGGCAGCAGUAGCUUUUGCUGAUAAUUGCCAAACAGCACUACAGCUCGCCGAAUGGCCAGCAAAAUCAAUGUGUGCUAAUUUCACAAUGAAAUUGAGAUACAACCCUGGUAUAGAGUACGGCGGUGUGAACUGCUCAGUUGUUUGUUUGUUUGGCAAAGUCGUGAACGGCAGUUGCAAGUGUAAGCAUGGUUAUUGGGGCGAAGAAUGCACUAAUACGUGUCCAGGUGGCGUUCUGAGGCCCUGUCACGGCCAUGGGUUUUGUUUAGGAGAAUCAGGUAAUUGUCAUUGUGAUUGGAAUUGGAUGGGCAAUUCUAACUGUUCGUCCUGCACGCAGGGAUACUAUGGACGAGAGUGCUUAAGUCUUAUUCCAGGACGAGAUAAUCGACAAAUCAAACAUGCAAAGGUUUUUGCCAACAAUUUUUUGAUGACUUUUGACCGUGUUGUCUUUAAAAUACAACAAUAUGGUGAAUUUAGUGCAUUACAUUCAAGCAAUAGAAAGUUGCAACUCCAGCUGCGAUAUGUUCAAAGAUAUGAAUCGUUCAUGCUCGGUUGCGUUGCAUUGCGUUUGAAUACAACCAUCGUUGUCAUUCAUGCGGGGCUGUCCGGCAGCGUAACUGUUACAGUGAACGACAAAAGAAUUUCCGUGCAAGAAACUCGAUACUUGGUAGACGGCUACAGGUUUUAUAGAAAGUCCUUCAAUCAAUUUGUUAUCAAGGCUUCUGAUGGCUUUCAGAUAUCGGUCUAUAAUAAUUCUAGGGCAUUAUCACUCUCAUUGGCCUUGCACGAGUCUCUUUGCCGGGAAUCAUUAGGCCUUUUUGCCAACUGCUCAUCUGAAUCAACUUGCGAUCCUGCCAUCAGUCAUUGCAAUACCUCAAAGCCAUCAUAUUACCCAAAUGCAAACACGACUGCCGAAGAAUUGGCGUUGUUCAUCAAGUCCUUGGAAGUAUCUGCUAAUGAAAGUCUUUUCACGAAUACCUUGCGCUUAAUUGGAAAUGUGCAUCAAACGAAAGCCCAGACCUGUUUGUUUUUCAAUAGAACUGGAAUUAUCACUUCCCCACUUUUAGAAGUUUUCAAUGGGGACUACAUCAGCUUUCAAUUGAUGGUCAAAACUACAAAUCCGAUUCAAGCAGGAACAAUUUUGUCAUUCACAUCCAACACUACCUUUUCCAUUAAUCUUGAAGGUACCGUAAAGAUCCUGCGCGACAACCUUGAAAUUGAUAGCAAACUUGAAAUUCUUGCUUUUAUGUGGACGCAGCUAACUUUAGUUUAUCACAAAAUGACUGGAGUUUUACAGCUGUUCACAAAAUCUGACAUUGGCUUAGCUCAGUCGUCCAUUUACGUCGUUGGUACUGGAUGGUUCAAUGGUGACAUUUCCAUGGGUUUAGGGUUGUCACAUGUAUCACCAAAGUCUCAUGUAUCACUGAGGUAUCCCUUGUUGUUUGGUCUAAUUGAUGACAUCAAAAUAUGGAACAUUCGAUUGGAUAGUCUUUUUAUAGAAGAAAGUUGGAGACAAGACCUUAGUGACGGAACGCCUGGAUUGAAAGCAGCAUGGAAUAUGGAUGAAGGAACUGGUCUGGUCGUUCAUGACACCUUUGGAGUUAAUAACAUGAAAAUGCCGCCCAGUGGCUGGGUACAGCCGAUAUGGACAACUGCUGAUUACAUGUUACAUGCCCAGGGAAGUAAAAGCGAGCGGGAAUGGAAUACGUUCAUUCCCAUUGCUGAGAACAGGUGCAAAGAACUUCUUUACAACAAAAUGCUGCAAGAAACCUGUGUUUCGGUUAUGAAUAAUUUGACCUCGGUUUACUACCAAGCAUGCGUGGAAAAGGUCUUGGUGGAGAAUACAACUGAUGCUGCUGACGAAGUUCUUUUGGCCUACUCAUCAGCCUGCAUGGAUUCAUUGGAGCUGGACACAAACCCGGCAUUAAUGCUGUGUGAAUUAACUGCAAAUAAACGCAUUGGUGAAAAUUUUGGCGAAAACUGCACGAAGAGAUGUGUUUAUGGUGACAUUGUUAAUGGAAAGUGUUUAUGUUUGAAAGGCUAUUGGGGCAUGAACUGUACAAAAGAAUGUCCUGGGGGCGCGAGUAAUCCUUGUGCCAAUAACGGAGUUUGUUUACAAGGGACAGGGAAAUGCGUGUGCAGUCAUAACUGGAGGGGAAAUUCGAAUUGCAGCAAGUGUACUGCGGGUUGGAAGGGGCAAGAUUGUUCAUAUGCCUUAGUUCCUACUAAAAAUUCGACUCGAAUACGGUGCUUGCUACGUUCUUACGGACAGUUUAUUAGUUUUAAUGACGAGCAACACAUGCUGGUGGGAGGUGGGACGUAUGCAGUUGUCAAUAGCACAGUAGAACAUUUGUUCGUUGAGACGGUACCAUGUUUACAAGACUCGUUUUGCCCUGUCUCUGUAUCUCUUCGCCAUAGAAUGAAAAAUGUGACGUUGCGCAGAACAUCAUCCAAGCCAGAGUCGCAGGUGUCAGUCAAUGGGAAACAAGUUGACCUAGAAUUGCGUUCGUUUUACAAAGUAUCUUCAGGAUUUUCAAUUCACACAGUUUCACGAAGAUCAUAUCGUAUCGUGAUUUCAGACAGACUGACUGUGGACGUUUCUACAAGAUCGCUGUACUAUGAGAUUAAAGUGGAGUCCCACUCACCAACCUGCAAGUCCUUUAAUGGUAUUUGUGGAUCUUGCCUACAAGGGUCUAAAUCCGAUUCAACUUUUUUUAAACCUGUCUUGAACCAACUUCCAUUUACCUUUGCAAAGUUUGCGCUGUUUUUCAGCCAAGCAACUCUGUACUCCAAAGAACUGCAUAUAUUUUCUGGAAACUAUGUCACCGUCGAUUUUCUAAUCAAAAGUUGCGAGCCGCAUAUUUGUGGUGGACCAAUCUUUACCUAUGCUGCCCUUACUACUGUGUAUAUUAGCAAUUUCAUCACAUUGAAGAUUGUAAUCGGUAAUGAUGUAUACGACACUGGUCUAAAAACGCCUGUAGACAUUUGGAGUCAUGUAUUUGUUACGCUGAGCAAAGUGCGUGAAAGGAUAGAUGUGUACCUUGCGGUAGAAAAAUUGAAAGUGUACUACCGAUCAUUUAAGUUAAAGGAAUUUCCAUUCGUUAAUGGUGGCGUGAUAUCUUUAGGAAGCUGGACGCCUUCCUUGAAUGGGAAAGGUUUGCCGCCAUUCAGAACAUUUGUUGGUGAAAUUGAUGAAGUACGAGUGUGGGAAAUGUUUUUUGAUUUCCCGAUGGUGAGACAAAGAAUAUUUUCAAAUUUGAACAGGCGUGUGCCUGGGUUAGUUGCUGCUUGGAAACUGGACGAAGGCGAAGGGCUGAUUACAAAGAACCUUAUUGCACAAAAUGACUUGCUGUUUCCCCAAUACCCCAUGGGACAACCCAAUUGGAGAGUUUCUACAGCUCCAAUAUCUACACCAAUAAGAAAUGUCGGAUUUGUCGAUGACACACCGUUACGAGUAUCAGCGCAAAGAUUUUGUGAAGACAUCAUCCUGAAUGGGCAUGUCGGUCUUGUCUGCAAGAGCAUUCUUAAUGAGACAAAACAGUUCUUUGUUUCCAAUUGUAUUGCUGUUGCUUUGAAGUCUCAGAAGAUGUCGGCAGCUGUAAGUGUUAUUGCUGAGUAUGCCGAUGUUUGCCAGGAAACCAUGUCCCUAGAUGACUGGCCUGCAAGACGACUGUGUAACAUUUUUCUUGAUGUGAAAGUACCCGGUUGGAUUGGAGAGAACUGCACUGUUAAAUGCGUUCAUGGGAGUCGUUCACACAGUAAUUCAGAGGUUUGUGUUUGCCGCAGUGGAUACUGGGGUACUGCUUGUAAUGAAACUUGUGAUGGUGGGUUCAGCAGACCCUGCUCGAACCACGGAAUUUGUGACUUGAAAACAGGAAAAUGCACCUGUCAGUCAAACUGGAUGGGCAAUAGCAUUUGCUCCGAGUGUACUUCUGGAAUGAUAGGUGAUGACUGCUCUGUAUCAUCAGUAAAUAAGACAACUGCAUUGUCAAACUACUCAGUCAUAUCUUUGAAGGGACACAUCAUCAUAUUUGGUGGUUAUGGUAUAGUGCUGAGAAUUGUUGGUGAAUAUAGACUUGUGUUCUCAUCAUUGUUUGAUAUAGCCGUGUAUGGAAGAUUCGUCCCAUGUUAUGACGCAGCACCUUGUUUGAAUUCCUUAGUUAUCAAGUCUUCGGUCUUAACGAUGGUAGUUCAUGCACCCUUUCAUGGAUCUGACAAGAUUAUUAUUUGGCUGAACGGACGAUUUGUUGACAUCUACACGGAUCUUAGAUACAUACAUUCACACAAAGUUGAAAUUUUGCGAAGAUCAGUAAUGAUUUACACCAUUAAAGUUGCUUAUACCAGCUACGACAUAACUGUUAUUGGAGCGUACCUUGAUGUGAUUAUAGCCGUGCCUCAUCAAGUUUGUAGGCAGUCUUAUGGAUUACUGGGAAAUUGUGGCAGCAAAAACCUCAAAGAAAUUCUUGGACAAAAAGCUAGUGACAGGAAUUGCUCAACAAGGCAAUUUGCAACUAAUAAUACGGCCCAGGCUCCAAGCCUCAAUGAAACAUACAUCAACCAGUUCAUUGACAGGCACAAAAUAGAGCUGUGUGAAAGCAGCUUCAUCUAUGAAUUCAGUAGUAUCAGAGAAUACAGAGAAGCUAACGCGGGUUUUGCAUUGAGAUUCAACUCUUCUUCCUUGGUGUUUUUGAAUCCUUCGUAUAUCAAUAGUAAAUUUUUGACCAUUGAUUUCAUGAUUUUCUUGGAAAACAACGGCGUGAUCUUAUCAUAUGGCAGUGAAGUAACUUUUCUGCUAGUGACUGUGCGCUUAAAUUUGCAGAUCUGGAUCGGUGAUCAUAUUUACAAAACGAAGCUAAAUCUUGAAUCCAAAAGCUGGAAUCAGAUUGUCUUACAAUGGGACAAAGAAACAGGGAACUUUACAGUUUUUAUUUUUGAUCGAAAUGGAUCGAUACGUUGGCAAAAAUUACAUGUUGGGACCAAAAUUAAUGUUUUCAGUUCUGGUGGAAUCUUCGGAAUUGGGCAAUGGCAACCUGCUUUUAAUGACAGCUUUGUACGACCAAAUACCACAUUCAUAGGCUUGAUUGAGCAGUUCAGAGUUUGGGAGAGAGAAUUUAGCCCAGCUGUUAUUUGGCAGUUGUGGAAGAGGAAACUUCGCAAUGACUCCUGGUUUUUGACUGUAGCCAUUGAUUUUGAUAAUUUUGAGGCAGGUCACGUAAUUGAUAAAGUAACAAAGAAACGGAUUUUGCUGGUGAAAAAACCAUGGAUGAGACCAACUAAAGAGCCGUCCAGUGUUACCCUAAAGAAGCAGCUCGCAGAAACCAAGAAUAGAGAAGUGAAUUUGGAAUGGAUUUGGAAGGCUGAUGAAUUUUGUCAAAGAUAUACUCUUAGCGGAAAGCUAGGCAGGCAAUGCACUUGGAUGGGACAAGGAGUAUCUUCGUUCUUUUAUCGUCUUUGCAGAGAGUUGAUAGUGCAAGGGGAAGACCUGCAUCUUGGUUUGCAAAGUAUUGUUUCAUUCGCCGAUUACUGCAAGGCAAUUACCAAUCUAACUAUAUGGCCUGCCAAACAUUUAUGUCGCAUUUUCAACCUAGCUGAUCUUCCCGAGAAAAUGAGAUUCCAUUGUAACGAGGAUUGUGUUUACGGAAUAGAGACUCCGCAGAAAAAAUGUUUAUGUGCCAAAGGGUUUUGGGGUGCCAAUUGUAGCGACAUUUGCCCAGGUGGAGCAUUGAGACCUUGUAGUGACAACGGCGUUUGCGUAUUAAAAACUGGAAAAUGUUAUUGCUCUAUUAACUGGGAUGGUGAUGCAAAAUGUGGAACUUGUACGAAAGGGUGGAUAGGAAAAGAGUGUAGAGUUGCUAAGAUCGAAGCGAGUUUCCUACAAAUAGAUGCGUCGCCAAAAAGCUAUUUAUUUGAUGCUUCUGUUGUUCUCUUUUCAAAGAAUGCCUUUAGGUUCAACCAUUUAGGGAUGUUUCAAAUAUACAGCGAUAAAAAAUUGCUUGUUGAUAUCCAAUGUAUCCAGACAUCAUGCUACAGUCACAAAAUCUGUGUGUCUGCCAUAUUCUUUAAGAUUAUGCAUGACAGAAUUUCAAUAAGAGCUCCCACCCCGGAAACACACGAAGCAGUUACUCUGAUAAACAACAGGACUAAAAAACUGAGCAGCCUUCCAGUAGUUUUGACUAAUCCUAGCUACACCGCAACCAUCAAGUUGGCAACAAAGAACGAAAUUCUAAUUGAAAUUUCAAGUCAGCAUUUUGCAGUUGUAAGAGUAUUUCGAAACUCACUGAGCAUCGCGAUCGAGGCUAAUCGCAGUGGAGGUUGCACACAUGACAGAGGGAUUCUGAUGACAUGCUACAACGAAACUUCGAUAUCAUCUGCAAAGGAAGCAGCUGAGGCACUUUACCGAAGAUGGCACAUACCGAAGGCUAGUGUAGAAUCCGUGAUUGAUAUGAAUUCCUUCACUUCUGCUGAAUAUGCGUUGUUGUUUGAUAACACUGGUGCAGUAUCUAAUCCUUUAUGCAACGCAUUCAGAACGAGAGGAGAUUACUCAAUCGAGUUUCUUGUGAAACCAUUAAACACCCGAUGUAUGCUUUUGUCAUAUUCAUUAACAACAACAUUUGCAGUUUAUAUUCAAGAUACUUUUAAAAUCGUCAUCGACAGAAUUGCAUUUGACUCAAACAUCAAAGUUGUCAACAACACUUGGCAUCAUGUGACAAUGAUCUGGUGGUCUAGUCUAAAACGCUUCGAAAUUUAUGUGUUUUUUGAGAACAAACACAACAGCUCAAUGGAACGACGCACCUUUGCUUUAUAUACAGACCCGUUUUAUGCCUGUGGUAUUUUGACUAUAGGACAAUGGCUUCCAUCAGUGAAAAGGCCGAACGGGAUUAAUUUGACGGGAAAAUUUUUUAUGGAUGAAAUUCGUGUCUGGAAUCGUACAUUUGACCCUCUCACUAUACAACAGAAUUUCAAGAUGAACGUCCUCAAAUCCUAUCCAAACUUGACAGCACUUUGGAAAUUUAAUGAGCUUGGUGGCGAUAUUUUGCGGAACUUAGUGUACGAGAACGAAAGCUUGUACACACCUAGCGUCCUUUGGCAAAGACCAGUUCGUGUUUUAUCAAGUGCAACAAUUAAGGACAGUAUCAUAGACGCGCUACCGUUAUCGCCACAAGGCAAAUUAAAUCUCACUGCUCUUGAACAGCAUUGCAAGUCUUUAUUUUAUGAAGGGGAAUUAAAUGCCCAGUGUCACAACCUCUCAUCUUUAUUGGCAUACUUCUAUUCAAUUUGCGUUGAAGACGUCACUUUGAAGGAUGCAUCUUUCUCUGUUGAUUCUGUGGUGAUGUUUGCAGACAUUUGUAAGGAUACACUGGGUCUGACAUUGUGGCCUGCGAAGGAGCUUUGCAAUCGCUUUGCACCAGCUUCUUUACCGAUAUGGAUUGGAGGCAAAUGUAACCGCACGUGUGUGUUUGGAAAGCCAGAUCCAAGAAAUACCAGCCAUUGUUUGUGUGAUGAAGGCUAUUGGGGAGCAAACUGUUCAAGACAAUGCCCUGGUGGCGCACUAAACGCCUGUUCAGGGAAUGGCAGGUGUGCCACAACGGAUGGUUAUUGUUUAUGCAGUGCAAAUUGGAAUGGAAAUGUCAAUUGCUCAUCUUGCGGCACCAAUUGGACCGGCUUGUCUUGUGAUGUUGUUAUCGAACCUUUUGGGCUUUACAAGCACCAGCUAUUUGCCAUUUCGUUCUUAACAUCAAGCGGAUUUUUAACAACUUUUAAUGGGUACUCUUUCGACAUUCGCGUUACAGAGGAGAUUAUUCUUGCCCAAAAUCAUGAUCGGAAAUUUCUAGCAACUGUGAAACUUUCGCCUUGUACAUUGUCAGGCAUUUACCACAGCCGUUGCUUGACGUUCCUCAGCCUUCGGUAUAAGGACCUAAAAGUCGUUGUUCGUGCACCUUAUUUGAUCAACACCAGUCACCUCAGUAUCAUUGCACCAAUCCUAAUCAUCAAUGGUAAAACGAAGGAAGUGGAUCAUGUGACUUUCAUCUCAACUUUCGCAAGAAUGAUUAGGAGGGAUCGUAACAUUUACGAGCUGAUUUACGAUCGUAAAUUCGAAAUAACAAUUGCCAUUCGUCAGUCGCUAGAAAUUAUUUUCAAACUUUCAAAAGAAAUUUGCAAAGGCGCUUCAGGACUGUUAGGAAGCUGCGACGCUGCUAGGGAGCCAAUAUCCGAUUUAGUAUCAAGACGUCAAAACAACUACGUCGUUGCAGCUUCAGCCUCCAUCGUUGACUAUAAGAUGUUCAAAACCUAUAGAGAAAAUUUCAAGAUUUAUCACAGUUUGUACAAUGUGUACUUGAAGGAUACGGGAAUGAUUUCAACGUUGAUUACAAACACCAUUGAAAGUCCAGUAUUGACAUUGGAAUUGUCCAUUAAGUCUAAAAUCCAUGGAGGGACGCUAAUGUCUUACCUAAGCAAACACAUUUUUGCAAUAAGUAAUGAGCAGGAGAUGCGGAUGUUUAUUGGCAAUGAGAUUUACCAUACAGGAAUCUUUACUGACAUUGGUAUUUGGAAUCAGCUAACAAUUGUGUACAGAAGAAGCAUUCGUUUGGUUACCCUGUAUUUGACCAAGGCUGGCAACCAGAUAGAAACACGAGCUUUCAAAACAAAACUUGAUGUCUUUACCUCAGGAGGCAGAUUGUCUAUCGGACAGUGGAUCCCGUCUUUUGAUAACAUAACAGAGAUUCCAAAUAGCACUUUUGAUGCUGAGGUUGAUGAAGUGAGAAUCUGGUCAAGAAGAUCUAACCCAUCCCUAAUAAAUAAGAACACAAAAAUCAAUCCCACCUCUAUAUCAUAUAAGCAAGAUCUGAUGCAUCUAUUCAAGUUUGAUAAUCUGUCUAAUCACUUUGCCAAGGACGAAGUAUCAUCAUUGGAAUUCAGAUACCAACAAUGGUACCCAGGAUCACCUCAAUAUUCUGACUUAGAUAUUGAUGAACAAAUAGAAGUCAAGGUAUCAAGCAACCAAUCUCUAAUGGAUCAAGCUGCUGUCAGAUGUCAAAAAUUGCUGUAUGCAGGACCAAUGUAUUCUCAAUGUAAAGAGCUGCAUGAUGGUAUAUUGUCUUAUUUCUACGAACUGUGCAUAACUGAUAUUGCAAAGACUGGCGAUCCGUAUGCUGGGAUUUUUGCAGUUGCGUCAUUCGGCAGACACUGUAAAACUAUGUUGCAAAUAGAUAUGGACUUUUUGCAAGCCUUAUGUAGUAUGGUUCAGCCCAGCACUCAAUUAUAUCUGGUAGGCAUCAACUGUAGCCAUGUCUGUGUAUAUGGAACAUGGUCAGUUGACAAGAGUAUGUGCAUUUGUGAGCAAGGAUACUGGGGCACAAAUUGUUCUUUUCUUUGUCCAGGGGGCAUCUUGAAUACUUGCAAUAACCGUGGUGUUUGUGACAAGGACAAUGGAACGUGUAGCUGUCAUGGGAAUUGGAUUUCUGAGUAUGUAAAUGACACCUGGAAGCUUCCGUGUUCUGAAUGCAAACCUGGAUGGAAGGGCGUCGAAUGUGACAUAGCUGAGAAGGAAAUGUCAGCUCGGGUUCAAAAUAAAAACAGGAAUAGCCGUCUUUGUAUUGCAUUUGGUACUAUGCAUUUCAGAACACUUGAUGGGACGUCUUUUGAUUUAGAUUUGCAGGGAAUGUACAUACUUAUUGGAAAUGAGGAAACAAAGGUUUUUAUAGCAAUGAAAUCUUGUGGAUUGAAUUCCAGCUGUCGACGUAUCACAGAAAUUUAUGUUACCGGCAAAUUCGGGGAUGUUUCUGUAACUUUCGCCAAUGGCUACCUACGUAUUUUGUUAAGGAAAAGUGGAAUACACACCGUUCAUGGCCUUUGGAAAGGGAGUCUUUCUGAAGUUAAGCCAAGCGUAAACUGGCAAAGUAUAUUGAGGGAUACGACUAUGCGUCUUACUGGAAGCAAGCAGGACAGGGCUGAGAUCCGUGCAGGAGAGAAUUACUUCUUGAGGGUCUUAUUACAAAGUGAUCAUAUGUCUGUUCUAGUCGAUGAAAGCUUCAAGAAGGGAUUUUCAUCGGGAAUAUGUUCGUUUUCCUUGAUUAAAAGUAACAAAAAUCUAGAGCCUAGCAGUAAAUUUAUGAACGGUUCUUACGUCAAUUCUUUCGGGAACAGUUCAGCUAUAUCGAUUUCCGAUAUUGUACACGAGGUCACCACGCGCCAUUACUGGAAGAACCAAUCAGAUUCACUCUUGUCGAAUGCAUCCAGAUACACACAGAAAGGUCCAGGAUACAUGCUGUUUUUCAGCCACAACCGAGUUGAGGGUACCUUGCUACCCUUACAUGAAGUACUAGAUGAGUGGACAUUCGACUUAUGGAUACAUCCUAGUAAACCAACAUAUGAUUUGAAAAGCCCUUGCAGUAAUGAAACCCAAGAACCCAUUGGACCAAAGCAAACCAUACUGUCUCUAGAACAUGAUGGAAACAGAUACUUGUCCUUGAAGUAUGCUGGUCGUGUCUAUUUCGAAUGGGAUGAGUUCUCAUUAGCAAGUAGCUUCGUAGUUCGUCCUCUUGUUUGGACCCAUAUUGCAGUUUCUUGGCGGUCUUAUGAUGGUCGUUUGCAAAUGCAAGCUAGCUCCGAAUGCCUGGGCCUGCAGAUUACAACUGAUUACGUCGUCAAACUUGGCGCUUCUUAUUCUUGGAAUGGUACACUUGUAAUAGGACAGUAUGUGAAGAAUGGACGACAGAUUCUCGAAAACGAUUUUAUUGGUGCUGUUGAUGAGUUUAGAAUUUGGGCCUACGCGAAAUCUUCUAUUGAUAUCCAAAAUGUAUCUAAGCAACGAGUUGUUUUCCCCAAAUCAGGGUUGCUGCUUGCCGGAUAUUUCGAUCAGACCUACGGAGAAAAUAUCCCGGUACUUCUAGCACCUAACUCAAAAUAUCUCCUUGAACCGCAUAACCAAACUGUUAUUGCCAGAAUCUUUAAUAUGACUAUGAUGCCAAAAAGGAAUGUUCCAGAAGUUUUGCCCUCUACGGUUUCUUUUGAACUGCCCUCAAGCUAUUUAUUAGUUUUUCGGACAAGCAGUAUCGAAGCUGCUGCUUUUGAAAUUUGCCAUCAAAAGAUUUAUUCCGGUGUAUUACAACAGUAUUGCUCUAUCAAUCUGCCACAGACAGCCUUAUUUUUGUUCCAUGCAUGUAUUUCAGAUAUUGCUGCAACAGAGAAUCUUGAUAUUUCAACUCAUUCAGAAAUCGUAUUUGCUAUUUUGUGUAACGACCUGAUAGAGACCCAGCCAUGUCGAUUGCGUUCCAUUUACGAUGGCUUCCCAAUGUGUCCUGAUGUUAAAGAAGACUCCACUUGGACUAGCACUCGAAUUAUGCUACUUAUUUUGGCAAUCAUUCUUGCAUUGAUCGUAAUCAUUGCAGCAACUCUUUACUUCCGCAUGAAACGCAAUGGCCAUCCCCAGGUAAAUCCAGUUUCUGGAGAUAAGUAUCGCUGCCCCGAAGAUGACAUUGCACUGAACGAUCAAGAGCCAUUGUUUGUAGAGGACUCAUUCAAAGCCAGCUCUCUUCGUGAUCUCUCGGCAGUUACGUGUUUACCUGGGCCAACCGAUUUAGGCGACGUAGCAAGAACAUCUGGUGAAUUUUUAGAGCCAGCUGGAAGGGCAGAUUUACCAGUCUUUGUUGAAAGAGCAGAAAAAACACCAGGGGAAAAGAGUCAUGAAACUACCCUUAUCAACUAUUACGAAGAAACUGAAACAGAGUUUUAGAAUGAAAGAUGGUCAGCAGCCAGAGACGUAAUAGAAGACCAGCAAACACCAGAUUAGUUUCAAAUUUAAACUCAUUCACAUGUUCGCUUUACUUUAUUUUUUACUUAUCCUUGUCGCUUUACUUAACGCAAAUCUAGUAUUAAAAUGCCAUAACUUGUGCUUAAGAUGAAUUUAAUAACAUAUUUUACUUAUUGUUAGUAGCAAGAUUUAACUUCAUUGAUUGAUUUGCUCCUGGUCCUGUAGGAGAGCAUCAGGUGACUCGAUUUUCAUGUAGUUGAAUGCAUAUUAUUUCAUUUAGCCUUGAGAAUAACGUAAGCAUGUUCAGCUAAAACAGGAUUAUAUCACCUAAUGGUUGAUACUUUUUACCUGAUGAAGUCAAAAAAUGCUCCAAAUGUGCUUCUUUGUUUAGACUUAUAAGAUGGAAUAGGCUGAUAAUUCAGGUUGGCCUGCUUUUUAUUUUAAAACGAACUGACUUGUUAGAUACUUGUAUCACCAAUGUUCUUAAAUACUAAAACCGAAUUAAAGCUGCCUGCAUUUCCUAUCGUUGGUCGGAGUCUCCUUUAACGCGACUCCAAUUUCUCUGCAAACGCAGUCAUAAAUGGGCUUUGCCACUAGAGGCUAUAGUAGACGCAGCAACAGUUCCAGGAUUCCUGUUAUGAUGAAAUUCUUUUUUGAUCAAACUAAGGAAAAUCUGUACAUCAUAGAUCUCAAUGAAAGACUUUAGGUAUGUAUUCAUAUUCAUUUAAUUUCUUGCAAUUACAAGACGAUCGAUCUUAAUGGUAAUUUUGAUUCUUAAUAGUAAUGAAAUUGUUCUUUAUAAAAACAGUUUAGAUAUG